CACACGUGUUUGCAAAGGCAGGCGACGUCUCUCCUCUCUCUCCUUCUCCCGCGCCAAGCCCAGCCGGGACCUUACGGGAACCUGCUUCCUCGCUAGCCGGUUAGUGGAGACACGCCUUAAGGAAGCGGCGAGGGAAGGAGAAGCAGCAGCAGCAGUAGUAGAGUAGCAAUAGCAGCAGCUGCAGCGAAAGGGAGGCAGCCGCUGGGGCCUCUCGUCUCCGCGCCUCGGCAAGAAGACGUCGCCCCGGGGAAAGAGGCGCCGUGCCGGGAAGGCAAACCCAUGCGGACUCAGUAAGCAGGUGCCGGGCUGGAAAAGAAGCCAGGUAAGGGCGGCGCGCAGCUUCGGUGGUCACCCCUGCGCGCAGCGCGGAGAGGCCGCUGGGCUGCGCGCGGGGAAGGCGGAUGCUCUGCGCGCAGGCGGGCGGCGCCUGGGCCUAGCGGAGCCGCGGGUUCGCGUGCGGGGUCUGCCCGGCGCGAGGCCGCAGCUGGGCAGCGCAGGAGCCGGUGGUGGUUGCGGUGGCGGCGCGCUUCCUUCCCGCUCGCCACGAGGCUUCCUCCGCCGCAGGGCCCGGUGCGCGCCAGGCUGCCUUGGAGCCGCCGAGCGCCUUUCUCCUCGGGGCUUCCUCGCUCGGCUGCGGGCGCCUGGGAAGCCCGGGGGCGCCGGCGUCGUCGUCGUGCUCGGCAGGGGGAAAGGGGAGCCCGGUCCAGGCCUCGGGGAGGUGCUGCCGGGGGACUCCUCCUCUUGCUGCUCCUCACCGGCCGCCUCCCUCUCCAGGCCAGGCGGCGAGAGAGUCCCCGGGAAAGCAGCGGCGGCGUGGCUGAGCCUCGGAGGAGGAGCAGGGUCUCUUCUCUCGACCGGGAAACUGUGAGUCUCCUCCUGGACCUAAGAGGCAGGGGGCUUUAUUAGGGUUCUGUCUCGACCCCCACCCAGCCCGAGCCUGGUUCAGCCCCAGAACCUGUUGUCGAUGCAAGGGGCUCAUGUGGCACAGGUGUGAAGAAGGCGAGGCCGCCUCCGAUCAUGUGCAGAAGGCUUUGUCCUCGCGGUGUGGCUGAUGCUGAGCACCCCUCGCAUUUGCUUUGUUUGGGAUCUAACCCACAGGUUUCCACUCGCAUCCAUAGAUGGGACUAGUGGGGCGGGAGUAGUACUGGCCCUUCCUCUUACGUUGCUGUGUGAGCCACAAUCUGUUUUGAUUCUGGGGGUCAGCUUCCCCACCACAUGUGAUGUAGCAGUGGACUCAGAAGUACUGUGAACAUGGGCUAAGUGCUCUCUCCCCAAUUGAAUAAUCCCAGCAUGUCUCAGCAUAUCUGGGUCAAGGGGAAAUUCCGCGAGGGUGAGCCUUGGCACUUCUCGUUUUAGAAAUGAGAGGCCCCUCAACAGUAGAGCCUUAUAGGGAAAAUUGUGAAGUGGUUGACUUAUUUAUUUUAUUUAUUAACUUUGAUUAGGACUCUUUUUUUUUUUAAAGUGAUCCAUUCCCAAAUCAGUUGUCUGGGUGUUCUUUCUAGAUUCCAGUUUGUAAAUAGUAACUAAUUCUCUUCCUCCUUCUCCUCCUCCACCUUAUUAUUGAUUUAAUGCAGGCAGUAUAAAAUGGGAGUGCUGUGAAAGAGUAUGAAUGGAAUGCAGGGCUGGCCCUACUGUUAGGCAGAGAGAGGACUUCAGGAGAACUACAUCUCUGUAAAGCACAUGUUGUGGUUGCCAUGGGAACACUGGCAGCAGAGGUCUUUCAGUGACAGUCUGUUUCCUGGUCUGACCAUGUACCUUUACAUACAUUGUGAGUUUCUCCACAUUCCCUGCCCCACCAGCCUUCAGGAACUUGUCACUCAGUGGUUGCAAGUCAUGAGGUUAAUAAUUGUUUAUGCUAGAACCAGCACUUGCAUGUGGGUGGGUGUCGGAACUGCAGGGAAGCUAUUUCCAGUUGUAUUCUUGAGGUGAGAGUAACAUGUGCUCUGGCCUUGAGUAUUUAUAUCUGCCUGUUGCCAGGGCUGGCCUCUAUUGGGGCAACUGAGGCAUCCCUCACAUCGUUUUAUCAUGUUUUUAAUAUUCUGUUGGGAGCUGCCCAGAGUAGCCGGGGAGGCCUGGCCAGAUGGGCGGGGUAUAAGUAGUAAAUUAUGAUUAUUAUUGUUACUAUCCGUUGCAUCUGCCAUCCAUCCGGAACUCUAGGCUGCUAGUUAAAAUUCUGCUGCAUCUCCUGUCACCAUGGCAAUGAUGUUUGAGGUCAUUGAAGCUGGCAUGAAGGAAUAAUACUACUAUAGCAAUGGGACCAUGGAUCCUUGUUUAACCUCAACAGGAAACCACAGGAGAAGCAGUACAGGAAGUGAGAGGAUGCAAGGUUUACCUGUAGGUAUCUAAUGGCCGGCUAGCCAAGCUAGACUUCUCUGUGGCUCCUGGUGCACUCAUGGUUGGAACAUGUAUAUGUAGAUGUUUGUGCACUCCCACAGAAGGAGCGAUUGUUCAUCAAGCCUCACUCACCUGAGACCUGGAGAAGCAAGAGGUCAGGUCCUCAGCCUGGAAGCGGUGGUGAUAGAUAUGCUGCUCUUUGAAGAUAGAUUCGUGACCCUGUGCAGUGGCAUCUUAAAAACCUUUUACUAUGUUCCUGCUCAAACUGUAUGUUGAGCCAGCUACAUAUAGCCUUUAACCAAGUGCUUAGCAGAGUAUCAUGAUAUUUUCACAACCCCUUGUAGGGAAGCACAGAGUGAAAGAGUGUUCAGUUCAGCCUUGUUACAAGCAGCCAGAUUUUUAAGCAUUCAAAGCCAGAAUUGGCUAGGUUUUUGUAUGAUUUGUAUGACUGGUCAUCAAAUUUCACCAUGUAUUUCACAAAUAGUGAUUCAUUUUAGUUUUUGCUUUCUAAAUCUGGGAAUAAGCCCAAAGUAUGGUACUGUACAUAAGAUUCUUUCACAUUAGUCAUUAAGACCCUUUUCCUUCCCUCUUUUUUAAAACCAAUACUUAGGAUUGAAUCUCAACCCAUCUACUUUUAUAGAAGCAGUCAUUAAGUUAUCACUUGAGCAGAAAGUUUUGUGUUACUGCAAACAGAUUGGUUAACAGCUGCCUCCUUGUGUCCAUUCCCAGUUCAAACAUUCCUCAUGUGGAGGUUUAUCUGAUAUACCAAUCCUCUUCAAAGACCCGUCAAAAAUAAGGUUAAGGUUUCUGGGUGGGUGAAUUUUUUUGCCAUUAAUAGGUGUCUGUUAAGCUCAAUGCACUUAUUUUUGUGUGUUGAGAAUUGUUAACCAACACAUAGAAUGAAAACUGCUAAUGACGCCUUAUGAAGCAUUGAUCUUGGUUGUUGGAUAGGUAGUACUGUAUAGAUAAGUACAUGUGAAUGGUGUGCCCUUGUAGACCUCCUAUACCAAAAUUGGGGGGGGGGGGGGAAUAACAGGGCACACUGCUUUUAAUGAUGCAGCAAGCCAAAUGAUAUCUAAUCAGGCCUGCAUGUUCAUGCAGUUCUAGUAAACUCAUAGUUUGACUUACUGUGUCAUGCGAACCAGAUGCUACCUUUAAAAAUCCUUAACCUUUCUGUUCUCCAUCUAAUGGUUCUGUGUCUAGAAAACUUGAUGCAACACUUUCUUGAUAGGCUUAAUUUAUUUUUUUAACCAAAGGGAGGAUAUAUAGUGGUACCUCGGGUUACAUAUGCUUCAGGUUACAUACGCUUCAGGUUACAGACUCUGCUAACCCAGAAAUAGUGUUUCAGGUUAAGAACUUUGCUUCAGGAUGAGAACAGAAAUCGUGCUAUGGCGGCAGCAGGAGGCCCCAUUAGCUAAAGUGGUCCUUCAGGUUAAGAACAGACCUCCGGAACGAAUUAAAGACUUAACCCGAGGUACCAGUGUACCUUCUAAUAUUCCAAGCUGCUUAGGGACAAAGGUGCAAAAUGCCCAAACUUAUUUUAGCGACUUAAUUAAGUAGUUUGAAUUGUGCUGUUUUCUCAUAUAUUAUGCUUAAAAUCUCAGAAGCAGCUAGACAUGUUUCUACUAGUUCUUAAUCCUAUUUAAGUGCACCCAUGAUACUUAGAAGCAACUUCCAUCUUCAUCCUAGCAUGCAUGCAUAGAGGGAGUGGCCUACAAGUGGUUGUGUUUUGUUAAACUUGACUUCCUUAGUGGCAGUAAGAGGGAUGUAGGUCAUCUUCAGCAAGUCUGGUCCUGUUUCAACGUAUUGACAAAUCUGCUUGGUACUUCUGUAGAGCUUUACAGAAGGCACUUCUUGCAGAUACUUGUUAAUAGUGUUCUGCUGUGCCUGAUCCCUUUAGAUUUAACAUGGCUCACUGCAUAAACAACACAACUUACAAAUUCAUUGCAAUGUCAUUGAAGGGAUAAAACUGGCAGCGCCUAAGAAGUAAAUAGAAAGUUAUAGGUUUUGCAUUGUUUAUUGCUAGUCAGUAGGGAAAAGCAUUUUGGUACCUUAGAACAGUGUUCCCUAACCUGUGGAUCCCAACCUGGGUCACAAAGCUUGCCCAGGUGGGUUACAGUAAACCCGAAUUAAGCAUUGGUUUUAAUUUGCAGUGCUGUGGCCCUAUAUAGAGCAACUCCAGCGGAACCCAGUGGAAAUUAUUGCUGAGUAGAUGUUAGUAUAGGACAGCCAUCCUAAACACACUUAACAGUGCAGCCCUAACCAUGUCUACACAGAAAUAAGCCGUAUUGAAUCCAGUGAGGCUCACUUCAAGAUAGUGAGGUUCACUUCAAGCAAUAUAGCCUACUAAAAAUAGCGAGAAUUACUUCUUCUAAGUGAGCAUGUUUAAGGUUAUGUCGCAAGGAUGCAAUCCGAUGCACAAUUACCUGGAAAUCAGUCCCAUCAAAUCUGCUUCAAGUCAUAAAACCAAGCUAUGGGUGGUGAUGCUUAAAUAUUACUGUUCAAUUGAUUUGUGGAUGUCACUGUUUUAUCUGUUGCCCCAGAAUAAAUAACUUCAUGUUGCAAAAUGGGAAGGGGGAGAGGUGUUUAGCACCUGGCAGCUCUUUCCACAUGUUACAUGAGCUAUAAUUAAGGUUUGGCACAUGGCUUAUGGUUUGUGCGGGAGAUCGAAACCAUGAGCCUGGGGUUUGUAGGGCACAUUAAGACAAACCAUGCCAUAGUUUAGCACAGGGCAGCAUCAGAACAAUUGGGAUGAAGCAAAGCAGCUGCAGUCUUCUCUUUAGGCGCCUGUGCAUUCACACUAAACUUGUGUAUUUGCACUAAGUCAUGUGACGCAGGCUGUUUGGUCUGAUUUAACUCUGAAGAAAUCUGGCUGCCAUAAGAAGGAUGGCUUGCUUGACACAUUAAUGUGUUGGGGGGGAUAUUGAUGCUGAAAUCAUAGACCUUCUUACCUGGGAGUAAGGCCCUUUAAAUUUGGUGGGAUUCACUUUCAGUAGAUGUGUAUACGCUUAAACUGUGAACCAGCAGAAAAUAAGAAGGAACACAAAACAACCACGACAAAUUAGAAAAAAGAUACAUUGUUUGAACUGUAGAAUGCAGUGAAUAGGAUUAAAUGACAUACUGAUGCAAAAACCUAGAAUGCUUGUAAAUUUGGGACAGUUUUUCUGUUAAAUACUCUACAUAUUGUGACUCGAGAAACUUUACCUGCUUGUAUCUAGCCUUAACCAAAGUGAGGGUGGGAGGGAAGAAAGAAAAAUCUAAAAAGCUUGGUCCUUUUCUUUUUAGAGUCAAAUGUCAAGCUGCUUCCCUCCCUGGUGUCCAAAUGCAAUCUCUUUUUAAUUAAAAAGGAGGGGGAAAGCCAAUUGCUUGGCUUGCGCCCCGGUUGAUAGCAACGAAGAAUACAACUUGACUCCCUGUGAACAACUCAGCUUCAAAAAAAUACCAAGCGCCAUUCCCUUGCAGAACAGACAGUGUUACCGUUAUUAUUGGCCAGUUGUCUUUGUGAUCACCUAACCUGAGUUUUCCUGUAGCCGCCAACUACAUGUAAAUAUUUUAGUCUUUAAGUAAAGCAUACUCGGCAUAUGCCUUAGUUCUUCCAUACGACGAACCAAUGUCAUGGUUUAAAACUACAAUUUUCCUUUCAGUUUCCUCCAUCUCCGCUUUACUCAAACUUCUGUUGUUGUCUUAAACUGCCAUUUCCACCUUCUCAAUAACCGUUCUUGUUUCCAACACCAACGCCAUGAUGCAAUCUGUCUUCACUUUUUGCUCCCCUAUCAAGCUCUGACUUCAUGCAACUCCAGGAUUGUGAUGUAGCACUGCAAAUCCUCCAACGGGGGCUCCAUGAUGACAUUAUUACAUUUUUAUUAUAUAGAGAAAUAUAAUGCUAAGAGAACCUUGUGCAAUAUUAACGCCUCCAACAAUCGGAUAUGGAGGAACCAACCUUGUGCAGUAUGGGAAAAAAUACAAGUUAAGUGACUAGGAACAUAGGAAGAUUCCUCAUACUUUUAGACCAGCGGUGGCCAAACUUGGCCCUCCAGCUGUUUUGGGACUCCCAUCAUCCCUAGCUAACAGGACCAGUAGUCAGGGAUGGUGGGAAUUGUAGUCCCAAAACAGCUGGAGGGCCACGUUUGGCCAUGUCUGCUUUAGACCGUAGGUCCAUCUAUGUCAGUAUUGUCUGCAGUGACUGCAUGGCAGUGGGCCUCCAGGGUUUGAAGUGGGUGACUUUCCCAGCUUUACCUGGAGAUUGAAUCUGUGGCUUCCUUCUCUGCUACUUCCCUCCUACAGCCCUUCCCCUGGAACUUAACCUGGCUGUUAACUAUGUACACUCUGUACAGAGUUCACUCUGACUUGAUAGUGGCUGUAAUGGUAUAGUUAGUUUUAUUAUUUUAUUAUUUAUUUAUUAUUUUAUCUCCAGUGGUAAUGCUCACCACAAGACUGCUUCUUUCUGCCGAAACAGUUUUAAGUAGUGCACAUGUUCUAGCCAGUUAUUCUGAUGUCCCAAAGAGUUAUAUUAAAAGGAGGUUGCAUGCAUACCUAAUUUGAAGAUUGAUAUGGGUAUGCUGAGCCACUCUUGCAUUCUUGGCAGCCACAGGUCUUCCUGGGAGAAAAAUGAAAGCUGCAGUGAUCAGUCAAUUAAUCAGUUAAUCAAUUUAAAACAUUUUAAUCGACUGAAAAGUGUUGCCAUUUAAUUUUUUCAUUAGCUGAGUUUAACAAAAGUUAAUGGAUUGUAUCUAAGCCAUACCCAGAGCAGACCCAUUGAAAUCGUUGGUCAUGUCUGUAGAUUUCAGUGGGUCUGCAGUUUCAAUCCAUUUAUUAUAAUACAAGGCAUUACAAGAACAACCUCCCCCUUUCCUGUUUUACAUGAAGAAAUGCCUCUUGGAAAUAAUGUGAGUACAGCAUUUUUAAAAACAAGGAGCAGGGCUUUUUUUCAGCUGGAGCUCACCAGAACUCAAGUGGGCACCAUAAGAGAACAAGGGAGGUGUUCCUGGUGAGUUCUGGCACCUCUUUUUCUAGAAAAAUAGCACUGACAAGGAGUAUAUUUCCCCCACAAAAAGCCUGUUGUUUUCUUCUUCUUAUUUAAAUAUCUUGUAAGCCCAAUUGAACAGUGGGAUUUUCUCAUCUAAACAUUCUUAAACUUGUAUGAUCAGUCAACUGAGAUUUCUUAUGACAGGCAUUGUUUGCUUGUUAGAGUGGAGAAUCUGUGACCCAGGGACCAAAUGCAGCCCUCCAAGCUUCUCUGUCUGACCCUUGGGACUCUCUCCACUCCUUCCUGAGCCACACACCCUCUCCCCAUGCCAUGUCCUCCUUCACUGGCUCUGCUUUGUUCCUUCCUCAGGUGUUUUUGCCUGGCUAGAAUGUGUCCUCGGAAUCCCAUUUGCUUGCCUGGCUGGAGGAUUGAGUGGUGUGCAUGUGUGCGUAGAACCUACUUAGAAGGUGAAAUGUUCAUUUGUUGGUCUGGCCCCAUCCACCACUGCCAUGUGGCCCCUGGAAGGUCGCUCAGAGAAUAAUGUGGCCCUUGGGGUGAACAAGGUCCCCCAACCCUGUGCUAGAGGUUCAGAUAUUGAAAUGAUGUACACUUUAAUAGCCACAUGACUUGAAUGCAUGGUCAGAGACUAAUUUUUUGGGGGGGGGGGGGGUUUGGAGAAGAGCUUUGAUUUUGAAAGAAAUAACUGGCAGCAGAUGAUGUCUCAGAGGUGAAUUAUUUAUAGUUUGGAGUGCGCAGACAGGAUUUCACUCUAUCGCACCCCAUCCCUGGCUCUUACAUCUGUUCUGGGAACUUCAGCCUUUGCUUUCACAAAGCUCGCCUCACAUGGUCGGAGUAGCAUAUGCGCCAAGGUUGUAAAUAGCUGGCAUUACCUGUGGAGCUUUACCCGUGGGGUGCAGGAGUAGUUUCUUGGUGGCCAAGCAGAGACGUUUGUGGAAAUGGGAAAAGAAGUGUCUCUCUUUUAAAAAGCAUAUAUUUGUUUUAUUUCAGGCCACAUGUGAGGCAGCAAGUAGACUAGUAAAGAUUCCUGGAUGGUAAUCAUUUUUCUAGGCUUACAGUCAUACCUCAUGUUACGUUUGCUUCAGGUUGAGCAUUUUCAGGUUGCGUCCCGCGGUGACCUGGAAGUAACGGAAUGGGUUACUUCCAGGUUUCACCGCAUGCGCAGAUGUGCAAAAUGACGUCAUGUUCAUGCGCAGAAGCAGCGAAUCGCGAUGCGCAGAUGCGGGUUUCAUUCUGUUCAGGUUGUGAACGGGCCUCCGGAACGGAUCCCGUUCACAACCAGAGGUGCCACUGUAUUGGCAAGGCAAUCUGUAAAAAAAAUAUAAAAAAGGGAAAGGAAAGGAAAGGAAAAAGGCAAGGAAAAAGGAAAGGAGAGGAAAGAGGAAAAAGGGGAAAGGAGAAAAGGCUACAUUGUAACAGGCUUGUGCAUUUUAACUUUGGGAAGGAUGGGAGAAAAAUUCCAUACAGUAUGGCUCUUCAAUGCCUUUUGAACAAAGCUCAACAAAGAGAGGGUGUAAUUAUAAUUGAAUUUGGUGAAAGGCUGAACGCCUUUCCUUCUAGCACUUACAAACAAUGGGUUAUCAGGGCGCAACUGAUGAUCGCAUUUGAUAAGCUUGUCUUUCUCAUUCCACAGCUAAUCUGCUAGCAUGCAAAGGCGCACCUGUUGGCAGCUGCUUCUUAAUUUACAGCCUGUGAUACUCAGAGUGCUGUGCUGGUACAACCACCUUUGAAACGAGCGGUUUAAAAAACAAAAGCAAAAAGAACAGUGGAUUGGUUGGUACUGGCAACAUAUGGAACAAGAGGAUGCACAAAAGGGUUAAUGGGAUUACGUUUGGGGAGAGACCAUAGUUCAGUGGAAGAGCACGUGAUUUGCAUGGGUGUAAUCCCUGGCCUCUCUUAUUCAGAUGUUGCGGGGAAAAUUCAGAUAGCUGCAUUAUCAUCAGCAUACCAGUUACAGGGGGCACCUUGCCCCAAAUCUCCUUUAACAGUUGAAUCCUGACGAGAUGAGUGGUGGUUUCCAGGCCUGGAAAUUGGGUUGUAUGCCAGCUCUGGGUAGGGUUGUUUCCCCUCUGAAGGAGCUGUUGUGUAGUGUGGGAACUGGACCCAGGCGAUGAUAAAUCUCAUUUGAUUACUGCAAUGGAUAAUACGUGGGACUUCCCUCGUUCCUGGUUCUGAAUGCAAUUGCUCGAGUGCUCAGCAGGACACUUAGCUUUACAUAUACCAUACCCAUGUUGAAAGCUCUGCGCUGCCUGCCUGCCUGUUAGCCACUAUGCCAAGUUCAAGGCAAAUGUUUUUGACAUUUAAUGCUCUAAACAACCCGGGAGCCAGAUACCUUGUAGGCCACCUCCCCUAUAUAGACCAAGCUGACUCUGCGUGCUACUACUACUGACACAUUGACUUGUUUACAUUCCCCUUUGUCUCUGCUGCAGGCGCACUGCAAAGUUGUUUAGCAAUCCAGGAUUCUUCUUAGCCGCUGAGCUAUCCUUCUCGUACGCUUCCAUCUUAAAUAAUUACUCAAUUAAUUAAAUUUAUAUCCUGCCGUUCCCCUCUCCCCAAAGGAGUCCAGGUAAUUUUAAUAUAAGUUUAUAGCUGUGUGGUUUUCUGGACUUUGAAGCUUGGAAAAGGCCACACUGGAUGGGGGGUAAGUGACCAGAGAAGGGAGCUAGUCCUCACUGUUAACAGAGAAAUUUGUCCCCAUGUCCUUUUCUUCUUUCACUGACCCCAAAGUUUCAAUUAGUUUGGGGUGUGUGUGUGAAAUCACCUGGCUCAUGAAGAUGGGGUAAAUGAAGGAAAGCCACAUCAUGUAGAUAAUCAUAGUAGCUUUUCCCUUUGCAGAGUUUAGUUUUGGGAUGGGGAGAAGAUGGAUGCAACCACGGCUAGUGUUGGAGUUGUUUGUUGGUGCUUUUAACAAUUUUUUUUUAGUUUAGCUUAUUAAACUUGUUCAGCACUUUUCACCCCAAGAUAGCAAUUAGCAGGAACAGGAUAAAAAUACAGAGAUACAAGAUAUAACAAAACACUUAUUAAAACAACACAAAUAAGCUAAAAAGUGUCCAUUCACAAGAUCACUUAAAAACACACUGAACCACCUUAUUUAAAAUAUACUGUGGCUCAUAUAUUGGCAAAAUUGAUAGUGAUAGAUUCUGGCAUUUUACCAAAAGCCCUUUAAAGACCUUUGUUAGCAUUGGAACAUAUGUGAGGAGCAAUGCUAAUAUAUAUUAUUGAAAUGAGAGCCCUAACUGGACGCAGCAUAACAUCAUCCAGGAUGUGGUUAAACAUCUGUAUGAUGUCUACUUCAUUCUGUUGAGACUGGAAUCAUGGAUGUGCUACAAGUUGACUAAGGGAUGUUCACAAAUAACUUUCGCAUCACUUCCAAUAUCCUCUGUAUCAGAAUUCUCUCAAAUUCUCCCCAAACUCCUAUUUUUUGGGUAGGCAGUUUGCAAGCAUGACAUUAGCUUCAGUCUUUGCAGACCAAAAUGAAUGAAUAAGAUCUGAGAGCCUCAGCAGGGAUAUAAAAAUAAAAAAAAUAAAAAAAUAAAUUUAUUAUUUACACCCCAUCCAUCUUGCUGGGUUUCCCCAAAAUUUCAUAUUCCUCUUCCCUCGCCACUCGCAGCCAUCUGCUACUGCUCUGCUGCAAACAUUCUUAGUCUCAUCUAGUGUUGCAAGUCUCUCGCUUGUUUUCAAUUUAUUCUGAUCCUAAAAUCUUCCUGUGAACCUCACAAAACCACUAUCGGAACUUCCUUCUACCCCUGGCAACACCCUCUUUUCUUUCUACAGUGAGUAGCUCAAGGUAGCAUUCAUUUUUCUUCUGGUAUCCCCUUUUUUUAGUCUUCACUAGUGUCCUUUCUUCUCUCUUUCUCUCUGUGGCUUCCUAUCUCUGCUAUGUAUACUAGUUAGAGCUUGUAUACUUUAAUCCUCCCAUUAGUUAAAAAUGUUUUGAAAUGUGCCUGUUGUUAGUGCGUUUCUCGUGAAAGCCGGUGCUAAUUUGAUUCUUUGUUUUACUAAAUUCGGUAAUUCCCUUUUGAUACAAUGGCAUUGUUUGGGGUUUUCUCUUUGCUGUCUUUGGGCUAAAUCCCAAUGUGUUGUUUCCAGAAUGUGUUUGAGUUCAAGGUGAAAAGUUCCUGAAAUGGAUUGCAUGUGAGAACUGCAUGCUUGCAUGCAUGCAGGCUGCAUGCUUCUUAACAAGUCUCCCCUACUAUCUCCCUUUGCUGCCACUCACGUGCUUAUGGUAGGGUGGGGAGGAAUUUAUGGAUCAAUGUUCUCUUAGGGCCACCGACAGCUAUUGUCUCAGAAGUUGUAAGGGCUGAAAACUGCUGAGACAAUUUUUUCAAAACAGCAAGAGCACUUGAUAGAUUGGGGAGAGGACUCCCCACAGCCCCCCUCUUGUUUGCUACCUGUUGGGGAACCAGAGCCGGGGGUCACACGAUCCCAUUGACUGGCAUUCUGGAUCUGUUGUUGUGAGGAUAACUACCAUCUGCCUAAAAAUCCAUUUUUAUUACCGCAAACUGCUUUGAGAACCACUGUGGCUGAGAAGUUGUAUAUAGCUCACUUUAUCAUAUUUGUAUGUAUUCUUUUUUCUUCUUCUGAGGACAGCUGCUUCCUCAAGUUUCUCUUGUUUCUGGUUUAGACAAGUGUUCUUCCCUGACUUUGUAUGGUUGUGAACAUUCUUGUUUUCUUUCUUUUCCUAGGAUUAAAAAAUGGCUUUUCGGAGGGUCGUGAAAGGGACUAUCCUCAUUGGAGGCGGCGCUGUAGCGACUGUGUUUGGCCUCUCCCAGUUUUCUCAGUAUAGAAACAAGCAUGUAAGUAGAAACUGAUUUAUGCAUUUUAAAAAAAUUGUGCAGAAGUUUAUAAACUGAGCCUUUGAAAUAUGUGGCUCCCUCGUUCUAAUGGCACACCCCACCAGCAGCAAGAAAGGAGCAGUAGCUGGGUCAGCUGCAAAGCAGGUAGAACUUUUCUUAUCAUCUUCCUGCUUUGCUUUGCUGCUGCUUCCCCCUGAAGGGAGAGGAGAGGUGCUGGACCAUCCCUGGAGGACACUGGACCCACCCACCACUGAUUUGCAACAGCUGACACCAGACUUCUGGAUGGAGGGGAAGAUUAAACGGGGGGUGGGGUGUUGGUUCGAUGUGAGUGAUUUUUGCACUGGGGGAGAUUGAGGUUUUGUUUAUUUGCUAAUUAAUGGGUCAGAAAAUUGCUUUUGAGUUUAUUAUUUAUUGUUCGCUACUAUUUAUACAGCUGGUAUGCCGCCCCCCAAUGAAUGUUACAUUACAUGAAAUAUUAAUGUAAUAGAAUGGUAAUAUGUAUUGUAUGUUUUCCUUCACUGUAAGUCGCUUGAAAACCUUUGGGUGACAAGCAACUAGUAAGUUGAAUGAAUGAAUGAGACUACUCACAUUGUACUGGGAUGGUGCUGUGUUAAGCAAAGUGGGAGAAGCUUCAGUCGAGAAUGGACUAAAUACCUGCCUCUUUUCUGACCUUGCAGCCCUCCAUUCUCUUCUCACACUGAGGGCUGUGCUCAACUAAGUAGUUGCAUUAGUGGAAGCCAGCACAGUGAUUCCUACUGGAGCACCAGGAUUUCCCUGUUCUCCUCUUCCCACACAGUCCCCAAAUCUGUUCCAGAGAGUCAGGAGAACCCCAGAACAGUGGUCCAUGGGAGGAGAGGGGAGACCAUUCAGUCCAGCAAGCAGAAAUGCUCAUGCUGAUGGAAUGAUCUCCGUAGCCCUACAUUGAAUACAACUCUAAGAUUCCUUUAUUAGAAAUGGUAAAACAUAUAUUUGUCCUGAUUUUCACCGUACUUCAAGCUUAGUUCUUUCUCAACUCUUUUUUUGUAUUUCCCAGCGUACAAAAUAUAUAAACUGUGCAUCAAAUGUGAAGUGCACAUUUGUGUAUUCUUAUCCCCAUUUCUUCUUUAAAAACAUGUCUGUGGAGGCCUGUGCUUCUGUGUGCUUUGUACUUCUAUGAUACGUUCUAUACUUGCAUAACUGACUCUAAAUAAAUAUCAUUUAUUCAUAGUGGGUUUCUUCUAUAGCGGCUUAGAGAAAACCUUAUCCUUUUCCUUAUUCUGCAAGGAGAAGGGGAAAUAAUACAAAGAGCUCCAGGCUUAUAAAGUGUACCUCCCUUGUGGCAGGGACCUGCCCUCUCACUCUUUGUAAAAUACUAUGUAGAUGGAUGGCUUUAUAUUUGUUUUUAUCAUUCAGUUGUUGUUGAAGCAGCUGAUGUGUUUAUGUCUAGAGGUUCAUUUGCAUAAUCAGGGCUUUUUGGAAAUGUGCUGGAGAUGAGAUUGUUUCUUCAUAGUUACUUUCAGUGCUUUUUUCAAGGGGGUACUCAAAGGCACGCAGUACUGGCACCUCUUUUUAGUGUUAAAAAGUGUAACACUUACUGUAACAACUUCAUGGUGAGUACCGGAACCUACCGUAUUUUUUGCUCUAUAAGACUCACUUUUUCCCUCCUAAAAAGUAAGGGGAAAUGUGUGUGCGUCUUAUGGAGCGAAUGCAGGCUGCGCAGCUAUCCCAGAAGCCAGAACAGCAAGAGGGAUUGCUGCUUUCACUGCGCAGCGAUCCCUCUUGCAGUUCUGGCUUCUGAGAUUCAGAAUAGUUUUUUUCUUGUUUUCCUCCUCCAAAAACUAGGCGCGUCUUGUGGUCUGGUGCGUCUUAUAGAGCGAAAAAUACGGUAUUUUUCUAGAAAAAAAGCCCUGGUUACUUUAUCAAUGAAAUCAAUCUACACCCAUCCAAAGGGCUCCUUAUCUAUUGUAGACGCUACUGAGAAGCUCCAUACGGGAGUCAUGAUAUAUUAGUGUGUGGAAAGUUUCUCUGUCAGUUCCAUGCAAACCAUGGUUUGUUGUUGGCUUACUGACCUUAACUAUGGCUUAGCGUAAGAUGCACACUCAGGCACCUCCUUAACUAUGCUGUAAAUGUGGUUUGUUUCAGCAUUCCACCCAAAUUGUCUGUUGUAGCAGCUUUGCUUUUCCCCAUUUUUUGUUUACUACUACAGUGAACUAAGCAAAAAUUUUGCUUAGCGUGUUGGCUCAACCAGGGCUUGUGGUUCUCUUCUGUUCUCACUAACCAGGAGCUGUAGCUUAGGCUUGUUCUUGACUAGAGCUCGUGGCUGGUGUUGAGAGAGUUAAACUGUGAGUCCCAUUUUGAAUGACAUGGUAAGACAAACUUUAGCUCAGUGCAGCAUGGCAUGGCAGCAAAAAAGGACUAGAGCAACUGGGAGCUCCCGGCAUUUGAAAUUUGCCAGGCACCCAGGGGCCAGCAUGGCGCCUAACAUCUCCACCAUCUGGAGGUGCAUGCCUGGGGAUCCCUGCAUUUUUACUGUUUUCACACACUAGCAGCACAUCCUGUAGAAUUCUACCCAUUAUAUUUUAUCUGCACAAUCAGAACGAAUUUCAGGAACCAUAAAGUCAUAUUGAAAGCUAUGAAUUUCGAGCCUUUUGUCCCCAAACGGCAACUGGCCAUUCAAUUUUGGCGACUGUAACCCUGCUUUAAGGAGCCAUUGGCGCCUAGCUUAUAUAUCUGAGUUUCUAACACUGUGAGCUCCUCUCUGGGAUCCCUCAUAUUUGCACAAACCAGGCCACCAUGAGAUUGGUCCACAGGUUCCUAUCUCAAGCAGAAGGGUUGUUGAGGAGGUGGUAGUGCCUCAGUGGAGCUGGUCUGCCCUCUUCUCCAACCAGCAGCCUCUGCCCUGAGCAUGAGAGCUGUGGCAACACCAGAAAGGGGAGUGGAAAGUGUGGAUGGGUGUGAGAGAGGGAGGGGGAAAGAAGGUACACUUUCUCUUCCUCCUCUCUCCCACGUGUCUCCAUCAUAACAACUGAAUCUGGAAAGCCACCCUGUACAUUGUCUGUGAAGGCUUGAGACAAAGGGCCUGGCAAGAGAGCAGCAUAUGAUUUUUACGCUUCCACAUUAUUCUAACUUGCACAUCCAUUGUGCCGUGCUGUCCCCCUUACAGCUAUUGCCUACAUGCACCCGAUAAAGGACAGCAGGUGGGAUAUAACUGGGGGGAUUGACGCAAAGGAGGACAGCCCAUUUACGGUGUUGACAUAUCUAAGCUGUGGGCAUGUCUGGCAGCCGAACUGUCCUCUUUUUAAUAAUGCCUGCCAAUCACGCAGAUGACAGGGCGAAAGACCCCUGUGCCUGCAAGAUGCAAGAAGGGAUGUUGCCCCAAGACGCGCUCUAAUUGGCUACCCGGUGCAGGAGGUCUCUUGGCUUUUUCUAAAUGAGUCUUUUCAACGCUCCCCAGCACCGAGAGAAGACAUAAUUCAAUUAGCAUGCACACAGAUCGUACUGUACAUCCCCUAGACGCAUCUCAUUUCCUUUGUAACAAGGCUGCUUUCUGCAAGUGUGCCAGUCACCCAUCUCUUUUGGGCUUGGUAUUGUUCGGUUGCCACUGUAUCCACUUGAAAAUGAAGCUUUUAAAAGCUUUUAUCAACACUUUAAAAUAAUAAUAAUAGUAAUGAACUCCAGAAGUGAAGGAGUGAACUUCCACAGAUCGAUUAGAAGAUUUGGUAUGAAUCUGCUUGGCUAGCUUAUUAUAUUUUCAUACAUCCUAAAGAUUCAGUUAAGUUGCAUAACUUAAUUUUUGGCUCAGGGCACAGGAAGUGGUAAUGCAUCAGUACAACGGCGAAGGAGACAGUUACCACCCCUCUUAAGAUAGGGAGCAAUCUGGACUUGCUCUGCCUCAUUUACCAUUUACUGCAGUUCUCUCCCAUAUAUUUUUAGGCUGGUUUAAGUAACAGGAGAAGCCAAAUACUGCUAGCAGAGAGGAGAUUUUGUGAUGAUGUCGCACGUAGACAUGGGCAGCCGUUGUGAGUAGGUAGUUAACAGGAAAUUGUUUGUCCUGUCAAGAUUUUGGGAUUAGGUUACAUGACUACCAUCCUAUUUUGAAGGUAAUGAUGUUAGGAUAUAAUGCUCUGAUAUUUCGUAAGAUGGAAACAGGAAGAUUUUCCACAUUUAACCCAUGCUAGUUGUUGGGUCUAGAAGAAGCCUGGAUGAACACUUUUUUAUUUUUUAAAGAGCUAAGAGCCUGGCCCGGUUUAUGCACUAAUCAUUCCCAGGGAUGCAACACCAUAAAAGGCAUAAUGCCUGGCCAGAGCUACUGUGUCAAUGGGUAAACAUCAUGGUGGGCAAAACAACUGAGCCCUUGUACUCAGGCACAUCUCUGCUGCAAGACUUCAGCAUUACACAGCUUAGCUGAGUUGGUUAGAGCAUGCUGCUAAAGGUUGCAGGUUCUAUCCCCAUAUGGGACAGCUGCAUAUUCCUGCAUUGCAAGGGGUUUGGACUAGAUGAUCAUUACAGUCCCUUCCAAUUCUACAAUCCUGAUCCUGAUUCUGACUGCGGUUUCCAUGUCCAUUCCACUAUUUUCUCCAUACCACCCCAUCUCAGGGUGACAUUCAGCAUGGAGGAUUUAAUAGUUACUAAACCAGCCCCUAGUCUUGGAAAUAUUCUUCAGGGCUCAUUUGUGGUGCAUGUAAAGAAAAAUGAUACUGUGAUCCAUCACCUGUAAAAGUAGGGUGGGCUCCCAUUACUAUUCCCAGGUGCAACAGUUCCAGAAGAAUAUGUAGGAGCAUCUUCCUUGCCCAGAUAACACGAGACUCUUAAUCUCAGGGUGGUGGGUUUGAGUCCCACAUUGGGGAAAAAGUUUCCUGCAUUGAAGAGGGUUGGACUUGAUGACCCUCGUGGUCCCUUCCAACUCUACAAUUCUGUGAUUCUAUGAUUUGGUUAUAUAGAUUUAGGUGCCAGGCAGAAACAUUCCUCUUCUACUAUGCCUUUGGCCAAUUGAACAAUCUAUGGCCUUUUAAACUGUGUGUGUGGAGGCAGGGUAUUGUUUUUGUUUGUUACUAUGCUAUGUAUUUUGUGUUUUUAUAUUGUAAACAACCCUGUGAUCCUUGGAUGAAGGAUGAAACACACACACACACACACGCACUUACUGAGAAGUGAGUCACAUUGCAUUUGAUGAGACUUAAUUCCAGGUAAAUAUUGCAUCCCCCAUCAGAUUUCUUUCAUCUGUUCCCUUUCAUGGCUAGAAGCAGAGAAUAGGAGUUUGCAUAAGUGAAUAAUAUAACAUUGCAAAAUAUAAAAAAUGUCAUGAGUAUCAUGGAUGUGAGUUGAAGCUUGGUCAGUGGAUUGAUUCAAAGCAGCUGAAAUGUGCAUGUGGUUUGCCACCUGUCCCCCAUGUCUGCCUUUUAAUAUCAUCUUCUGUACAGAUAGUAAGUACCAAGGUAUCAUAUUCAGUCUACACAGUUGAAAACGCAGUCGUGACUUUUUGGGAGUUGCUCGUGUCUUUGGCUUGGCAUACAGCCACUAAUGCUGUGGCUUCCAAACAUGAAGUCAGCUUUAUGAAAAUAUAUUGUAGAGCACACUUUAAUAGGAUCUAUGCCUUCCUUUUUACUUCUAUUUUUUUUUAUAUAAAAUAUUUAUUAAAGUUUAAACAUUACAAAAAAGAAAAGAGAAACAAAAGAGAAAUAUACAAAGCAUUGACAAUACAAAAAGAAGAAAAAAAGAAAACAAAAGCAUUUUUAAAAAAGAAAAAAAAAACCCAAAGGAACAAACAAACAUACAAAAGAACCCCAUAUUUUCAUAUCCUUAUCUUUCAUUAGCUUAUUUCCUCGACUUCCUCACACCUCCUUUUUUGUAUUCUAGUUCAAUUAAAUGUUCUAGCAAGUCCUUUCCCUCUUUCACAAAUUUAGUUCCAUAAUUUAAUUUAACGAAAUUUUAGACUUAAAUUUACUUCUUUACCCAAUGUCAAUCUAUUCAUACUUAAUUCUUUAUAAUAUUUCUACUACUUCUACUUCUGUGGGGAAGCGUGGCAAAAUGGAAUUCAAAUUGGACCAUAUUCAUCACUACAAGAUAAACAGAAUAAGGGAGGUGAUGGAAAUGUAGGAUGUGACCAACAGACUUUUCAGGAGCACACUUGCUUUUUUGUGAAAGAGACGGUUAUGGUUUGCUCUCCCGCUCCGAAAACAAGAGCUUGGAAAGUUCAAAGGAAUAUAAGUUUUAUAAUAGGGAUGGGGGAGGAAUUCAGUUCACAUUUAAGGAUGACCCUAUCUAGUUCUCGCUUUACGAAACAGUAUGAGAACUGAAACACAGCCAUCUUUCAAAAUUCACACUUCUCUGAAUUUUGCAAUACAGAUCUCAAGCCCAGUAAUGUGUAUACUAGGGUAAAAUAUGCAUAAAAAUGCAUAUAUUUGUGAAUCGUACAAAAACGAAUGAUAUUAGAGAAAAUUGCUUUGCAAUAAUGUGUAUGUGAAGAGAAAAUUUCAUGAGGACUUAAAAAAAUAAAUCACAACUGGUUAUGGAAGCCUGGCCAUUAAAGCGUGCAUGCGCUAAUCCAAUUGAUGGUAUCACACGUGUAUUUUACACAUGUUUAGGGAAGCUUUUAAUGUUUAACAGACCACUGUAUUUUAAUACUCUGUUGGAAGCCUCCCAGAGUGGCUGGGGAAACACAGCCAGAUGGGUGGGGUAUGAAUAAUAAAAUUAUUACUAUUACAGCAGCAUCUGAAAAGUGAAAUAUGAGUGGCCUCGCUGUUAGUAUGCUGGACAACCUUCGUAAAUUUAUAGUAAUCUGAUUGACAGUCUUAAUUCCCCCAGUUAGUUCAGAAUAAUAUUAAUAACACCUGGCAAUAUAUAGCACUGUUUAAGCGUACAAAACAAAUGCACACUUGAAUUUAACUGUCAUUACGACAAGCCUAGUGAUGUUAUACCUGUAUUGUUGGCAGAGGACCGAGGCUCCAAAGUUAGUAGAUUGCAAGAAACUACCUGGUGAGUUUGUGGUACGCAAGGGAUUUGAACCAGCGGCUUCAGUUUAAAAUCCCAGCAUUGUGCCAUUCCUGGUCUUUUCAUGACCGCUUUGCUUUCUUACCUUUGCAGGGUGCUCUAGCAUCUGUCGAAGCUUCGGAAUGUCGGCCCUUGCAUAUGCACAGCACCCUUCCCUCCAGAGAAAGUCAGCUUGAGGCCCUGCGAGAAACCUGUGAAUUUGACAUUCUUAUCAUAGGCGGAGGCGCUACAGGAAGCGGUUGUGCUUUAGACGCUGUUACGAGAGGUGAGUCCUGCACACCGAGGUCAGCUGUGCCACGCAUGGCCAUCCGUUUGUCCCCGAGAUCUGAACAAGCGUUUUGAAUGUACUUAAAGCCGUCCAGCAAAUGUCAGGGUGUUGUUGUCAGAGGGUGUGGGAAACUCGGAGGCAGGAAUCUGCGGAAAUAAUAAUCUGCAUGCAGAAUAAGCUUAGUCGAGGUAGAGUUUCGUGACCUGGAUUCUCCACCCCCCCCCCAGCCACAAGUAGGUCGUGUUAGCUAGUUGUGAUAAAAAUAUAUGCCUUACGAAAAUGGAAAAGGUCCCAACCAAAGAACUUAAGUUGAUGGAACAUGUGCAGCUUGCAGACUUAAACGUAUAGAAUAAGAGAACAAGAAGAACAUACGUUUAGAGAAGAUUGGGAAAUGUUUAUUGAACAUCUGGGAAAUAAUGGUGGAUGGCUGAAAAGGCUGGCAGCAUUAAGUUAAAUUCAACAGUGUAAAUAGGUUUAGAUGGAUACAAUAAUAAUGGAAUGCUGAAUGGUAUAGUUUUUGUAAAAUAAGCAGGGAUUUAUGAUUUGUAAAAUGAACCACAGAAAGAAAAGAAGGGAAGGGAAGUCAUUGAUAUCUUAAGGAUGUAAAAAUGAGUGCUUUAAAGUGUAAAACAGAAAAUUUAAUAAAAAUUAUAUAUAUAUAUAUAUAUAUAUAUAUAUAUAUAUGUGUGUGUGUGUGUGUGUGUGUGUAUGCAUAUGUAUGUAUAUGUAUAUAUUUGUGUAAGGUGUGUGUGUGUGUGUGUGUGUGUGUGUGUGUGUAUAUAUAUAUACAUAUAUAUAUAUGUCUUACACAAAUAGCUGAAUAUAAAACUUUACUUGUCAGGCUAGGAACAAGUGUUUGCAAACUCCUCUAGACAGCAUCUGCAUGAAAUCCCCAUACUUCUCUCCUUUACAUUCAAGAUAGAACUAACAGAAUAACCUCCCAACUGGCAAUUGCCAACUGCCAUCUUCUUUUCCCAAUUCUAUUUAUUCUUUGUGAAAUACAUUUCCAAUGAAAUUACAUUACAGAUACUAGCAGACCGCUGUUCUUUCCGGCAUGGUGUAAAUCCUGGGAUGGGAUGGUCUGUAAUUACACCAAGUCCUUUUGAAAUACUGCCUUUGGCCCAAGGAAUAGAUCUGUCACAACCAUCGCAGGGACUGGACUUAAAAUGGGCCCAUGACUUCUUGGUUACCCCCACAACUGCAUGUCAUAGACGCGGAGGAUGCAGCAAAGUGCUCAUUGUUAAAGGGUCAGAAAAUAAUAAGUUUGGGGAGUUAGUUCGGUUAUGAAGCAGGUGUGGGGAACUUGUUCUCCAGAUGUUGUUGUGUUACAGCACCAGUUAUGCCUGAUCAUCGGCUGCACUAAUGGGCUGAUGGGUUCUGUUGCACAGAUCAACCCAGUAACAUUUUUUCCCCCAGAGAAGAGAAUUAAACAAAAUUCUGGUUGCCACCUGCUACUAGUCUAUUGACAGGAAUCAUUAAUUGCCUUUGACAAAAGUCGGUGGUUCAGCCACAAGUCCUUAGUGCUGGCUUUUGCUGCCAACCUGCGCACAUUCCAACACAAUACAGUGGUACCUCAGGUUACAUACGCUUCAGGUUACAUACGCUUCAGGUUACAGACUCUGCUAACCCAGAAAUAGUGCUUCAGGUUAAGAACUUUGCUUCAGGAUGAGAACAGAAAUCGUGCUCCGGUGGCGCGGCGGCAGCGGGAGGCCCCAUUAGCUAAAGUGGUGCUUCAGGUUAAGAACAGUUUCAGGUUAAGAAUGGACCUUCAGAACGAAUUAACUACUUAUCCCGAGGUACCACUGUACUUAGGUAGUCUGGAAGUGUGGUAUCUAAGCCUACUGAUAGUAUAGUAGAUUAACCUUAAAUGGAGGCAAUUUUUCCCGCCUCCCCCAAAAACCACCACUUGAAACAUUUUAUUUUAUUUUAUUUUAAAUCAAGCUUCCCAAUGUGUUUUAAGAUUUGGGGAUGUUUCUUUUUGGCCACGUUGGUAGAACUAGAUGUGAAAACAACACCGAACUAAUCUGUAUUUAUCCUUUUCUUCCUAUAUAUUUUGAUUGUAUUGGUAGUUUUCUGAAGUGUGAAAUAAUCAUAGGCAUUUGGUUAAUGAAUUGUGUAUUGUUGCUCUUCAUUCACGGGAUUUGCACUCAUAUUAAGUUUGAUGCUUCACUUAACAAAUUCUGCUUUCUCUGUGUUUUGAUACGUUUUUGCCAAAUUAUUCCUGAUUGUAUCCAUUAAUCUUCAGUCACAUUUGACAAAAAUAAAUUGCUCUGAUCUUCUAAAGUUGCUGGGAAUAAUUAGAUUUUUUUUUUUAAGGACAUGAAAGUUUAGGGAGACCAAGAGAGGCUAAUGUAGUUGUUACACUAGACUUUUGCAAUAAAGCUCUGCAAAAUCCUUAAGGUGAUGCUGGUGAAAGGAGAGUUCACAGUGUUGGAUCAUCUGCAUUUCCUCCUUGGAUAUGCACAGUCAUGCUGCUCUCUUCAGCAACCUCUGCAAGAAUCUUGUUGUACUUGUUUUCAUUCAUUCUUCCUUCCUGUUUUCUUUCUUGCGCACUUUUGAGAAACUGCCACAGGGAAGAGAGAGCACUGACUGUUAAAAAGUUGCAACACCAGCAGAACUUACUACUUUCUUUUAGUUUUAAAAGGAUUGCUAAAAAAAAAAAAAAAAAGAUUUCUAUAUCGCUAUGAUUUACCUCCCCCUGGAGACUGCAGUUUCCAGUCCUCUAGGUGCUUAUCUUAAUUGGAUUUAUUUUGUGAAUUACUACAUUUUAUGAAACAGGCAAGUAAUGGUCUGUGUUUGUCUGCCUGUGGCUGAUCGUCAUCGCCUGAUAAUUCAUGUAUUUCACACUGCAAUUACUAAUGGUUCGGCUCCCCCCACCCCGGAAGUUAACAAUUGGUGUGAAUGGUAGUUAUAUGCAACUUCUUCCUCAGUGUUUAUUUAAGUCAACCUUUUUUGGUUUUUGAAAAUAUACCUGAAAGUUCAACUGAUCUUGGCACCAAAGUUAUCUGUUAGCAAAUUGCCUGUUUGGAUCUUGGGGUGCAGUUCAUUUCAUCCGGUAACUUGUUGUCUGUAAUAUAUACAUUUGCACUUUUAGCUAAUCCAUGCUAUAAGCUGAAAGGGCAACAUAUCAGUUUCAAUGUUUCAAUAAACCCCUUAACAUUUUGGAAUUUUCUUAGCAUCAAACUAAAUGAUUGGAUCUCAUGACACCCCCCUUUUUUUUUCUUAAAUCAGUUGAAGGACCUGAAGGAAUCAGAGCUACAUCAUUUGGCGCUGAGCGGGGGGUAAUUUUUAACUCUUUCCCUGUGCAACAUUUUUCUUACUGUACCCAAAAACCCUGAAGCAGGGAAAACACAAGUAUGUUGUCUCCCCCCCCCCCCAGCCACUUCCAUGGCUAAUUGGAGCUUUAGGAGGGGGGAAUUUAAAUGGGGAAAUGGCACCUUCUAAAGUUUCAAUUUCCACAUCUUCCAGUACAGUGGUCCUGAUUCAAAUAAGAAGAAUAAGAAGAGUUUGGAUUUGAUAUCCCGCUUUAUCACUACCCUAAGGAGUCUUAAAGCGGCUAACAAUCUCCUUUCCCUUCCUCCCCCCACAACAAACACUCUGUGAGGUGAGUGGGGCUGAGAGACUUCAAAGAAGUGUGACUGGCCCAAGGUCACCCAGCAGCUGCAUGUGGAGGAGCAGGGAAUCGAACCCGGUUCACCAGAUUACGAGUCCACUGCUCUUAACCACUACACCACACUGGCUCACGUCUCCCCAUGACUGCUUUGAGGGAAAAGAUGUCCCAUGUCCUUUUAAAUUGAUUAUUUUAUUUUCAAAAGUUAUAUCCCACCCUUUAAGACCCCAGGGUGGCAUACAAUAAACAAUAAAACCAUCGGCAACAAUUUCAUGAAAUCGGCCUUUGAGUUUCAUUCAUAAAUCUCAGCUAUUUCUAAUGGUCACUUCCGCUUAUAACUGGUUUUCUUAUUUGUGAUUGUCCCCUAUGCAGUGUAUGCACUAGUGCAAGGAGCCCCCAGCAAGCCUUCAAUCAUUGGCCAAUUUGUAGUGUACUAUGUAGCUGCUGGUUUGCUCAGAUUCUUGGAAAUAAUAUAAUUGGACCGUUAACUAGCAGGGCACUUAGGCAGGAAUGUGUAGUUGGGAUUCUAUGGCAUAAAGUAUGUCUAUUGCAAAGCUUUCCAAACUUUUUAUGUUGGUGACGUGCUUUUUAGACAUGCAUCAUUUCUCGACACAGUAUUUCAGUUUUACUAACCCACUGGAGGUUAAACUAACCCCUUGUUUCAUCUGCUUGAUAAUUUCUGUUUGCACAACAGAUCUCCUGCCCCCUUCUCCCUGGGUGUCCCCUGUACCGUACCCAAAUCUGCUCUGGAAAGUUAGGGGAGCCCUCAGAAUAGAUUUAGGGGCAUGUAGAGGGAGGAAAGUUCUACUGUGCAAGUUGAAAUCCUUGCGCUGACAGAACAAGUUAGCUGAAUACCCUUGUUCUGCAGAUUAAGCAUAUAUUUCUCCACUACUAGAAAAGGAAAAAAAGAAAAGUAGACUGUGUAGGUCUGAAGUCACCUACUCUGACCUUAAAUAUUCAGGAUAACUCUCUUCUCCUUCAAGUGGAAUCCAUUCCUCCUCCAUGUGUGUAUGGCAGAAAGAAAAGAGAGGAACCCUGGUUUUGCCUUCGUCUUUUUCUUUUCGUUCACUUUUGCUACUUUUAUUGUUUAUACAAAAAGGUAGAUGAGGUGUAUUGCAGGAUAACUAAUCUCUGUGAUAAUAACUGUCGAGUGAUAGCAGGAUUUUUAUUGAUUAAUCCAUUGGCUUUUAAAUUAUAAAGAUGUAAAUAACAUAUUUCAUGUUACUGAAACUUUAAAACAGGUGCCUUUUUGAUAUAUUGAAGGAAGAGUAAAAUAGAUGUUUGUUAACUUCAUUGUAUUAAUUUAAUAAUCACUCAUUGCUAAAAGGAAAGGCCACCAUUAAAAUCUGUCAUUUCCAUUCCUUCUUGCACUAAAGCAAAUAAUUCAAGCAGUCUAAAAACAAACAAAUAACUGUGUCCUUAAUUUUGAUAUCUUAAAAUUUGCCCUCAACUAAAGCUGAUUAGUUAUUUAAGCUAAUAAAAUUUUGCUGCCCUCGUAGUUUGCAAUUUUAAGUAUGUGAAUAUAAUGAUAAACUGGGGUCCUGGCUGGAGUGCUGUGCACAGUCCAACUUUAAUCUUAUUUAGAGUGCAGUCCUGUAAGCACCUGCUCAGAAGGAAGCCCUACUGAGUUCAGUGGGACUUACUUCUAGGGAAAUGCCUACAGCAGUGGUUUUCAACCAGUGUGCCAUGGCACCCUGGGGCAUUUUGAAUGAUGGUCAGGGGUGCCACAGGCAACACUGGUCUUUGUCCCUCUUUCCUUCCCUCCCUCCUCUGAUGCCCUCUCUCAUCAAUGCCUUCCAAAGACUUGUGUGGCUCUUCGUUGCAGCAGCCCUGGCUUCAAGCUCCCCAGGUGAAUGGUGCCUCUGGGCUGGCCAGGGGAGAGAAGAGGAGAGGAGGCUGAGGGAACACUCUACAAGGGAGGGUGUCCGAAAAGUGGUGAGGGGCUGCUGGCUCUGAAGGCAAGGGGUGAUAUAAUUGGGUUCUGAGGCUCGGAGCGCGUUUCCCCACAGGGAGCCGUGGACUCAAAAAGGUUGAAACCCUCUGGCCUAUAGGAUUGUAGCCUUAGCAUUGUGCUAAGGUGUUUCAGUAUUCUUGUGUAUUAGGGAAAUGAAAGAGAAGAAAUUAGGUUUUGGUUUGUUUACAGAAUCCUUGGUGCUCUUCACACAUUUUUUCCCCCUAACUAAUAUAGUACUUACCUUCCUAAGUACUAAUACAGUACUUAUUUUCCUGUAUCACUUCUUUUCCCAAAGAUUUCCCUGAAGAAGCAGCUACUCUUCAUGGCCAAAGAGCUGGCGCUGUGUGCGUUGAAUACAAAUUCAUCCAUGUUCAGUGUAAUUUUUCUUGCGGUUGUCUCUACCCUAGAGAAGGGUCUUUAAUGAAUUACAUACAAAUUGUGUAAUUUAAGAAGUUAAUUUGGUUUUCUGGUUACGCAGGCCUAACAACAGCCCUUGUAGAAAGAGAUGAUUUCUCAUCGGGGACCAGCAGCAGAAGCACUAAAUUGAUCCAUGGCGGAGUGAGAUAUCUUCAGACGGCCAUCAUGAAGUUGGAUUUUGACCAGGUAAUUGUUUUAUGGUGGUGGCUGUAAAGCAAAGACCUGUCUAGCUGAUUUCCCUCCUCCUCUUCUAAUUAAAUUUGUUCUCACAUUUAUGGUUUUUAAUAUACCUCAGGUUUUGAAUACAUUCUUCUGUCGCUUGCCACAGACAUUAGGCAAAGCAUUCUGUAUGCAGGGUGGAUUCAGAGAAAAGAUGGCAGCACUUAAUAUCUAAUUUAUGACAAAUCUAAAUGGGACUAUUUCCCUUAAAACACGGGGAAACCAAAGUAUACAUUUUAAAAAAUGCAUUUUUGGUGGUCUUUGUAGAGUUUACAGUAACCUCCAGUCAGAAUCUGAAGACAAACGGAGACAUUUACACACUGAGAUUUCUACAAUGAAAAACAAUAUAUUGGUGUAAAAUCUCAAUAUGAAUGAAACAUAUUUUGGGGGGGGCUUUUGUAACUGUAGUAAACCUGUCUUUACAAGCAGAGAACACAGCUGGAAUUGAGGAGCUGGGGAAGAAAUACAUGGGGGCGGGGUGGAGGUGAGAAAAUCAUCAUCAUCAUCAUCAUCAUAUUAAACUCCAGCAACAAACUUUUAGAAUUAUCUACAGUAAAAUUCAGGUCCCUCGGCCCAGCCCAUAGUUCACAGUGCAUUUGAAAUGAGUGUCUAGUAUUCCUGGAACUGAUGGUACAUUUAGAAUCCUUCUUCUCAUCAGAGUAGCUUUCUGCAUGCAAGAAAUGUUUUGACAGGUUUGUGUAAUCUAAGAAAUAAUUCAUCUUCUGCAUUUUGAAGUGCUACAGUCUUAGGAAGUAUGUACAUUUAGGUUCUCACAGACUAUGCAGAUCAAAGCACGGUGCUUACUUUGCCGAUUUUAAAUAAUUGCAUCUUGAUUACUUUGGUAGGAUUGUAAAGGGGCAGAGAAAAGGUUCUAAGGCCUUCAUGAUUGGAACUAUAGACACGGUGCAUUGAUUUGUUUCAGGGGAAUCAGUUGAUGUGCGGCACAUCUAAUCCCCUUUGGCCUAUCUGUGCAAUGGGCUCUAUCCUGCAUGCUUCCUAUACCCAUCUGUAUGGCUGACAGCGAUCACUGAGGGAUCAAUAUGUGUUAUAAUUCCACGAUUCAUGCUUGCCAUUGGGGUGUGUGUCUAAAGGGGUAUCUUCACAACAGAAUAGGUGUUGUGUAGCUAAAGCAGACGGCGACAGAGGAGUUAGCUGAGAACCCUCAGUUCCUCGGUGGGUGUCGUGUCCAAAAACAGGAAGCCACAAGACAUCACAUUUUGUGCUGCUCAUCGGUGCGCCCCUAUCAUUCAAGUCAGGGAUCACCAGCCAGCAGUCUGAAACUACUUUUUUGGUGCUGAUCGUCCCUACCAAAUUGUCAUCAGUGGGUAGUAAAAAAUGUUUGAUCAGUUUUUCCUGUGCAGAAAUGAAUCCACAUGUGUAUUUGGCUGCCAGUUUGCCCCUUAAGGGCAUCUGUCAGGAGGUAUUCUCAGACUGCCUACCCACCCUAAUUGACAUGCACCUACCAUCUGACUGCACAUGCUCCAUAUCUGUGAAGUUCUUGCUGUUUGCCAACUUUAUUUAUAGAACCUGAGCAUCUGUAAGGAGAGGUCAGAUUGCUCCUUUCCUGAAGAAUCAGGUGGCUGCUAUCUUUUGAUACAUAUGCUAGGGUUAAGGUCAGUGGUGUAGCAUGGGUACAGACAGGCCUCAAGCUUGGGACAAGCGUAUACUAUGCUUCCCUGUCAAAAUGGGGAUUGACAGAUUUUAAUUUUAAGCACCUCGUCAUUGAUUUGUUUGAGCUAUAUGCUUUUGAGCACAGGAAACUAAAAGACACUUCCUUCUGGCAUCUCGUUUUCAGUGCCAAUAAUGUUUUUAGGUCCUCUAUAUUAUCACACAAGAAUGCGGGUUGCACUGUAGGUUAAACCACAGAGCCUAGGGCUUGCUGUCAGAAGGUCAGUGGUUCAAAUCCCCGCGAUGGGGUGAGCUCCCGUUGCUCGGUCCCUGCUCCUGCCAACCCAGCAGUUCAAAAGCACGAAGUGCAAGUUAGAUAAGUAGGUACCGCUCCGGCGGGAAGGUAAAACGGCGUUUCCGUGUGCUGCUCUGGUUCGCCAGAAGUGGCUUAGUCAUGCUGGCCACAUGACCCAGAAGCUGUACGCCGGCUCCCUUGGUCAGGGGUCCCUUUACCUUUACCUUAUAUCACCACACAGCGUAUGAUAAUCGUUGAUAGGUUUCCUUGUUGGGGUAGCUGGGAACACUUGGGUGACAUAUCUUGCUCUUUACACCCCAGAGAAAGAUUUUCGUAAUUUUGUCUCAGGUAUUCUAGAUUUUGACAGAUUGCAAGUUCAGAAUGCAAAGAAGGGCUCUCCCUACAGUAUAACAUUGGUUUGCUGAAUCAUUGCUGUUUUAUUUUUAUUUUUUAAUUUCCCCCCACAAUUUUUACACCAAUAUUCCAUGUCACAUUUUUACUAUUUAACUUAGAUCAUCAGACCUCCCUCCCUCCCUUCAUGGGUUUCUACUUUAAUAAGAAUUGACUGCAUAUUUUUGUAUUACCAACUCCUGAUUAUUCAAAAAUGAAAGAAAAAGCAUAUAAUAAACAUUUCACAUUAUAAGCUCUUCACAUUCCUGCCAGUAAUUUUAAGUGUUUACAGUGGUCUUUUAGAUAAUAUAAAAAUUUAUUCCAAUCUUUUUCAAAUACUUGAUCUUCAUGGUUUCUGAUGUUUGCUGUCAAUUUCACUAUCUCUGCAUAAUCGAUCAGUUUCGUCUGCCAUUCUUCUUUCGAAGGUAAUUCUUGCUGAAUCAUUGCUGCUAAUUUGCUCGCCUGCUUCGGUAAUAUCUCUCUGAAUACAUCUGCAAACUACUACAUUGUGUUAAGGGAGUAAGCCCUUUCGGGACACAAACAACAGGGGGAAUUAGCUUAAAUGUUUGAUUAUAUUGUAGCCCAUCCUGGAGCCUUUUUUCCAGUUUGCUAGAUCCUUACUAGUUUACGUUCCUAGAGAAAAUGUAGUCUUUUGAGCUAAGGUGCUUGUGAGAGGGUAGACAGAAUUGCUGUGGAAGAAUGCUCUCUGGCAACAUAAUCAAGAAUGUAUUCUGUGUUGUUAUUUUUUUAGUACAGAAUGGUGAAAGAAGCCCUGCAUGAACGUGCCAACCUGCUUGAGAUCGCACCUCAUUUAUCUUCUCCUCUGCCUAUAAUGCUUCCUGUUUACAAGUAAGUCACUUGAUGUUUGUUCUGAAUUUGCUUCAUUUAGGGUGGUUGUUCAAUCUGGGUCACUGGGAAUGAAUUAUAACAUGUUUCCCCCUUAAUUAUGUUCUUCAGUUUGUGACAGGCUUGCAUCCUUGAUUGUGGAGGUAAAAAUUUCACCAUUGCAGUUGCGGAUGUCUCGCCUUUUGAGAAUACAAAUUCCAGAGGGAAGCUUUUUAAAAGGACCUUUGUCCAAUUUUGCAGGACAGAGGGGCUGGAGAUGUCACUGGGGACAUCCUCUCAGUCAGAGGAAGGUGGAAGGGGCCAUUAAGUCUGAGAGGGACAUGAGAGGGGAUGCUAAAACACUGUUCCUGAAUUGAGCAGCUGGUGUUCUUCUUCAUGUCUUACUUUGGCUCUUGCAAGGGGACCAAGUUUGGGGCCAUGGUGUGAGGCUGAAAGAAUAGUGAGUUGCCUAAGGCCACCUAAUAAGUGUGUGAUUCAUGUGAGAGUUGGAGUGGAUAUAUUCUGGUUUGUAAUUCACAGUCUUGAUUUUUUUAAAAAAACCAUCCACCUUACAGAAGUUCAAGGUGGUUCAGAAUAAGGACCAUAAAAUGCAAUAAAACAAUCACAAAACCAAACAGAGCAGCAGCCCAAGAAAUAAAAUGUCUUGCAGUGUCCUCACGCAGUGUUUUGUCCUUGUACCAACCCUCUUAAGAUACGUUAGGCUUCAGAAUUGACCUGUAGAAGUUACACACUUCGCUUCAUGGAAGUGGAGAGACGAGAAUGGGACUUCUCCCACACACAUCAAACCCACUCUGGUUCUUUUGACUCUUCAGAAAUAUAGUUGUGGUUUGCAGUAUCACUUCUGAAAGACUAUGCAGUAGAAACCAGGCAUGUGAAAUGGUCUCCUUGAUUUAUCUCCCUCCCUCUGUCUCUUCUCAUAGGUGGUGGCAGCUGCCGUACUACUGGGUGGGAAUUAAACUCUAUGACCUUGUAGCAGGAAGCCAGUGUCUGAAAAGCAGCUACGUACUUAGCAAAUCAAAAGCCCUGGAACUCUUUCCUAUGUUGCGGAAGGACAAACUCGUAGGUGCCAUUGUCUACUAUGAUGGUAUGUUCUCUUAACUACCUAACAGCUUUUAUUUAUUUUUUAAAAAACUGAAACAUUAGUCUGAAACAGAGACCGUUGCUUCUUCAUCAAUCAGUUUGCUUGCUUGAUUCACUUGUGUGGAGCUAGUUCCUGUGCAGCUACUCUUCAGCAGCAUGCCUUCUUCUAGGUUGAGUUAUGGGUGGUUGAUGGCCCUUCAUCAUCCACUAGGAAGUGUGCCAAGGGAUUGGACCAAAUGGCUCUUCUAAUGUAUUUCAUUUCUGUGAUUCCAGGGCAUGUUCAUAUGUACAUGUUCUUAACUCAUAGACAGAUAUACUUUAUAUGUUUAUAACUGACAUCUGUGGGUGAUGGGGCCACCACAGAUCUAAUAUUUCCUGUCAGAACUUUCCAUAUCUUCCAGCGUCAACUCAAAUGCAUUUAAGUGCAUGCAUAUAUGAACCAGCCCUGUGAUUCUAAUGAAAAGAGGACAGUAUAUGUCGCAUAUCUGCCGUCUGUAGAGUAAACUUGUGCUUUUUGAGUUUUGUGGCUCUCCAAGUCUGCUCCCCUGUAAGUGGGCUUCUUUGUGUUUCCAUCCACAAAGCCUCCGCAUCUGCUUUAGGUUUUGGAAAGAUGUUUGUUCGCUAUGCAUUUGGACACUUCUUUACAAUAUUGUGAUUGCAUUUUGUAUGAUGGUGCCUGAGGUGAAGGGACAGGUUUCCAUUUGUUUGGAAACAUUUGGACACCAUUUUGAGUCAAUAUGGCAGACCGAACCUUUCAAAAACUGCAGUGAUUUUAACCCCUGCACCAAUUUGUAGGUUUGUCAGAAUUCCUGAGCGACGCCACGUGUGAGGGCACCAGUAGUAAAUGUGUGGCAGUUAUGGUAGACGUGUCAGCCCAACAGUCAGGAUCAAGGAGGUGCGGUUAGCCAGCCGCCAGUGAGUUUCUUGAGCAAAGAACUCUUCAGUAGCUUCUUUCACUAAACUUGGAUGACUCUUCAAGAGCAUCCCAUCUGCAUUUUUGGGCACAAAAUGAAAUGUUACAUGCACAUUGAAUUGGAGUUGAACCUGCAUACAUUUUAAUAAAGCGAUGGGGGGAAGCAGCCUCUACCAAAUGUGUUCAGAGAUUACUAAAAGCCAAGAAAUUCAGUUUGUGAUGUUGGAAUGCAACUAUUUCCACAGCAGGGUGCCCACAUAACUACUUUCUUAUAGCUCUCUGCCAUUCCUAUGUACUAAAGGCCAUCCUCGACUGUGAAUUUCUUGUCUUUGUAAGACCCACAAAAUGCUUUUUGCUAUCAGUUUUUCCUCACUGGGUGUUUUAUGGGAACUUCCCCACCCCCCGCCACACUGUUAGGGGCAAGAGUGUAUAACCUUGCAUUUUCUUUCUUUUAAAAAGCCCCUCAUGUAGCCAGCAAGCCAUCUUUGCACUAGCAGGAUGUCUCUCCGAAUGUUCAUGAAUAAGAUGCGCACACAUUGAAGCACGAAGGCUGCCUGAUGCUUCACUAUGCAGCCAGAUCCCACUCUCCACAAAUCUGGUGCUGUCUUGCCAGCCCCCUUUUGGGAAGCUUUGCAAUGGCACAUUAAAUGUGGGAUGAGCUGUGAUUUGGCUGCGUAGUGAAACAGUCAUACAAUGGCUUCAUUGUGGACUGAGCGGAAAUGCAAAUUGGGUCAAUCUGUGCUUCUCCAUCUGACUUGAGUUAUCCCAAGUCUGCAUCCUAAACUGUAGAGUAGUUCUGUAACAGAUACUAUCAAUUUUCAGUGAGAAGCAUUGCAGCAUCAGUAAUCUGAAAUAAGCAGUGAUGGUUCUUGGUUUGUUCUGUUUAAGAGUACCAACCUUUCCCUUGCUUAUCUCUUUCUUACCAGAAAGAACUUGAAUUAAGAGCAGUCUCCUUUCCUUUUGGGCACUUCAAUUUUUCUCUUUCCCUAUGAAAGAGUUAAGGAAAUGGUGGGGGCUCACAGCAUGAAUUCGAAACUUGAACACUAAUUUUCUCUUAACUAAAAUAGCCUGUGCCAAAUCUCAUUUUAUAAACAAGGAGUCUGAAAUGCUUAUAAAAGUAUGAGUCUCUUAAGCCACAAGAACAGCAUUGGCUGCUGUGUGCUUUUUGUUUGGGCAGUCAGAGAUCUAGUAAGAUUGUUGACAUGUCAAUAAUGAGGAAGCAAAAUCCAUUUUGAGGCUAGUUUUUUCAUCAAAUGGUUUGAAGCUCAGUUUGGUUGGUGAGUUGAAGUGAUUUACAAGCAGAGCAGAGAUCUAGUAUUGCAUCUCUGUGUGUUUUCAUAGCAAUUGUCUGAUAUUACUUAACUAUAGAAACUGGGAAGUUAAUUUUUUUUUUUAGGAUUUGAUUGCUCGUUAAGAGCAAGAUAACCUCUAAUAUUGGGCAGGGGGCAUUAGCUCAAUGGUAAUGAGAGAUGCUUUGUCCACAAAGAGUCCCUUGGCAUCUUUGGUUAAACGAACCUUAAAUAGUAGGCCUAGAAAAUCCUGCUCUUUGUUUGGUUUUAUAAUACUUCAGUCUGACUUUUGGCCUGAUUUUGUUUCCUGGAUGGAUGACUUGCACUGGGCAUCUCCUGGACCACUCAGCAUCUUAUCAAUAUCAUUAGGAGGUGGCUGUGGUCCUCUCUGAUGGGAUAAAUAGACCAAACAGUGCUGAAAGACUUCUGUUCCAUUUUCAUGGCCACUACUAGCCUUUGUGGCACCUCAAAAGUCCAAAUCAUCCACCAUACUCUUUAAUAUCUACAAAAAAUUGCUAGAAUAAGUCAUUUAGAGAUUUGAACGGAAAUGUUGUCAGUAUGCAGGCGACACUCAGUUCUUCCUCUUGUUCCAGCUGCUAGAUACAUAGAGGCUGUGGAAACCCUGAACAGAUGUCUGGUGGCAGUUUUGGGAUAGAUGAGGGCAAGCAAGCUGUUGCUCCUUCCCCUAAAAGACCAGGUUUUGCAACUGGCUGGCUUGCCAAAUGUGAUUCUUUUUUAGAGAAAGCAUGCACUGCCUCAUAUCUUAGUAAGCCAACAUUGAACCACAGUUCCAGAUUUAGGAGGAGCCAGGAUCAAAGUGCUGAAGGCAGGGGAGCAGAGGAGAGAAAGGAAGGAGUGUGCUUGGUCCAUGCAUGUUCUGGCCUUUGUAAACCAUGCUUGGAUUUUCUGAAUUUCUGCCUUGUCUGCUGAACUGGUUGAAUGCUGUCGAUGCCCACGUUCCUAUAAGCUACAUGUGCAGCACAUGGCUGCUGUUCAUAUGAAUCUAGCCACUCCCACACUCACCCUGACCAGCAAAAAAGACUGUCCAGAUAUUGAUAGUUGUUACUCUCCUGCACAGUGUGUGGGAGCUUGGCUCUGGAAUUUGUUGAUCAUCUAUGCCUGGACUGUUGCCUCAGGAGGGAAUAACUUCCUGAAUCCUGAUUAGUGUGAACCAAGAAUUAGCUGCUUAUCAGUGGGGUAGCAGCAACUGGUAGGAAUCUAUGCCUUCCUGCUUUGAUGCCCUUUUUUUUUUGACCCUCGCUCUACCACCCUUGGUCUAUUCCUGUUUCCUCUUUCUGUUUGUCUCAGCUCCCUGUUUACUGCAUCCCUCUCUUCUGAUCUACCUUCUGCUUUCAGUUGCCUUCUGUAAACCUGGACCAUGAGUGUAUUUCCCAAAGUUUACUACAGUGGUACCUCAGGUUACAUACGCUUCAGGUUACAUACUCCGCAAACCCAGAAAUAGUGCUUCAGGUUAAGAACUUUGCUUCAGGAUGAGAACAGAAAUUGUGCUCCGGCGGCGCGGCAGCAGCAGGAGCCCCCAUUAGCUAAAGUGGUGCUUCAGGUUAAGAACAGUUUCAGGUUAAGUACGGACCUCUGGAACGAAUUAAGUACUUAACCUGAGGUACCACUGUAUUAACAUUCAGAAGAGGGGUGGGGACUCUCUAUCUGGCCUCUGGUACUACACCUCACCAGUUUGGGUCUGUGACCCUCCUUUUUUUUUUUUGCAUGGCUGCAAUGUUUCUGCUGUAGACAUUGGUUUCUUCAUGAACUUUCACCUCUGGCCUCACCCACCCACAGGCAUCGAACUUUGGGUGAGGAGUCAGUCAAAGAAAUGGAAGAAAUUUCUUCAGGUCCCUUCUCCUGGGCUGAAAAUGCUAAGACCAAAAUUGCAGGAUUGCUCUGUGGGUGGCCAGCCAUCCCUUCCCCCCACAGCCUGGCUUGUGAGCAUAGGAAGCGGGACACACAAAUUGUUUGUGAUGCGUGCAAAUUGCCACAGCCGUGGGUUGAGUGUGGCGUGCUAAGUGAUUCAGCAAACUUAUUGGCUCUAUGCCCAGGCGGAAGCAAGAAAUAAAAGAAACCACUUUUUACUAAAAACACACACCACUUUGGAUUUUAGCUAUCCUGGAAGGUUUUGCCGAAGAUAAAAGAAGAUUAUUUUAAAUAAAAAAUAAAGGUCAUGCAAACUCUGUUUGCCCAUUGGUUAUGCUGGGACAGCGGAAGGCCAUUGUGCUAGCCUUCUCCAAACCUGAUAGCUGCGUUUAGCAUGCCCCAGCCACGUUAUCAUGAUUUGGUACUGAGAACUAGGCACUCGCUCAAAUAAAAUGUGGAAUUUUAGAAAGUGCCAAUGAAGUAGCAGCUCGUGCCUUUGUAAAAAAAGUGUUUGGUAACCAGCUUCCUUGGAGGGUUGCUUUGAGAGUGAAGUUAGGAGAGGGCCAAGGCCCUGACUGCUUCCCACAGCCUUAUAUUACCUGGUGUCAUAGAAUUGUACAGAUGGAAGGAACCCUAAGGACCAUCUAGUCCAGCGGUUCUCAACCUGUGGGUCCCCAGAUAUUGUUGGACUACAACUCCCAUCAUCCCUGAGCUCUGGCCUUGCUAGCUAGGGGUGAUGGGAGUUGUAGUCCAACAACAUCUGGGGACCCGCAGGUUGAGAAAGGCUGUUCUAGUCCAAUGCUGCGGUCCCAUACGGGGUUCGAACUUGCAACCUUGACACUAUCAGCAUCAUGCUGUAUCCAGGUGAGCUAUCCAAGCUGGUUUCUGAUACUGUUGCUGCAGAUCACACUCCACAGUCUCUCUUGGCCCUCGAUGGCCAACUAGGGAAUCUGCAGGGGGCUAGAUUUGGCCCAGAGGCCUUCAGUUUCUGAUUACCUGAGCGUGGACCCUUCCAGUCUUUAUAUGGUGAUGGGACACCUUUGUGCCUCCUCUGUAUUCUCUUCCAUCUGUUCCAGCUUCUUAGACGUUAUAAGACAUAAGUUAUAAUUUGUGUUGUUAGUAGCAUCUACUGGCUGCAAAGAGAAGUGCCUCGCAGCAGCUAUUGUCCCCUUCUUUUACAUUGGGUAGAUUCAGGCCACUAAAGGGUUUAUUCUCCCCCCCCCUCGCCCCCGGCCAGAUCAUUUGCUCAAACCCUUUUAUGCCUGCCUUUAAAAAACGAACUUAAAUGCAAAAUUGGGUACCAGCUCUCCAUUCCUUCCUCUCCCCCUCUUAAUUCCCUAAUUAUUUAUCAAACCAGUGACCUGCCAAGUAUUUCAUUUUCUACCAUAUAUUCUCGCUUUGUAGGCUGUUGUUGCUCUAGCCUUCUUUAAUUGCAUUUUAAAUUUGUUUAUACAGGCAACAAUAACAAAAAAAAAGCUACAUUAUAAAUGUUGGAUGUACCAGCAGCAGCAAAUCGCAGACUUUACCAGGGGCUAUUCUUGGUCUGUAGAAGCAUCAGGAAACCUAAGCAUAUGUUGGAUGUUAGCCUGGGUGUACACAAUGUGUCCUAUUUAUUCAAGGUUUCCUUUGAAGCUGCAACUUACAAGUUUGUUUCUUAGGGGUACAUGUCAGACUUCAUUUAGCAUUUGUUGGUAUUCAGAUACUGCUGAAUAGCAAAAAGGCAACAUUUUGGGGGAGGAAUGUGGCUGCUAUCUGAGCAGUGAUCUGUCAGUUUCAUUUAUGUAGCUCAAGGAAAAUUAGUAAAGAGGCACUAUGGAAAAACCAACACUGAGAUUUCUAGAGGAAUUUCUAAGCGGUUUCUUUUUUGAAGCAGAGAGAAUUUGAUUUCAAUGUUUUGAAGCUGUAACGUGGGAUGCUAGGGAAACAAUGUACAACUUGGUUAUUAGAAAUAAAAAUUACCUCUUAAAAAAAUAAAAACUAAGCGUUCACACAAAGCAUUUGCUGAUUUAAAUGGCAAGGGUCUUGCUUAGAUACUUGAUUAUGCUUCUAUUAAAAGACUCCCUUUAAAGAUUCUAGUUGAAGCAUAGGCAUGUUUGAAGACAUUAAUUUUAGACAAUAUGUAUAUAACAUCUUUUAAAAUCUUGGGAACAUUUUGUAAACAGUUCUAAUUUGCUAUACUAAGGCUGCAAUCCUGUACACACUUACCAGGGAGUAAGUGCUAAAGAAACCAAUGGGGCUUACUUCUGAGUAGGCACACAUACAAACUGUUAUAUGUGCCUUUUAAGAAAUAAGUUCCUUUGGGUAAAUCCAGUGGUGUUUGUGUGCCAGCAGAACAGACUUCUUCUUUGGGGGGCGGGGAGAGGAAGAGAAAACACUGUUGCAUGAGAGGAUGCCCAUUCUGAUCACACACAGACACCAUUUUAUUUCAGCCAAUGCAACUUAUUAUUAUUAAUCCAUGAAUCACUUUCCAUGAGGCAUCCCAAAAUGAUUUACAAUUUAAUAUAAAAUAAAUAAAAACAGUUCAAACUCCUUUAGUAAGCUCUGCCCCGCACAUUCUUAAAGAAAUAAGAAUUAGAAGAAGCAUGUAUUUGAGACUUACGGGGUUUAAGAUAUACUAACAAAUAUGAAACAUUUGCAUGUAUCUGUUCAGAAUACGAGAAAGUUUCUUAAUUAUUGUCGGGGGGGUGAAUGGUCAUGUCACUUUUGAAAAGUGAGACUCUCGCUCAUUGUAAACCCUACAAGAUUUUUUUGAUUUUUUUUAAUGUAGGGGGACAAAAGCACCAAAAAAUCAAUGGAAAAAACCUGAAGAACAUUCAUUAAGCUGUCAGCAGUGGAAUAAGUACUUUCCCCCUUCUAGCCUCCUAUGGUUGUCUUUCCAGCGUGCGCUGAAUUAUGAAAAGUUACAGGUUUAUAAUUUUACUUUUGACUAAUUUAUAAUUUCGAGGCUAUCAAGGUAUAUAAUUGGGGGCGCACAGCUCAGUAGAGGACUUGCGCAGUUCUAAAACUUCAUACGCUUAAUUUCCAGCGUUUUUCUCAUUUGGAAACGAAAACAGUGUGACAAGCUGCCAUUGAAAAGGUUCCUUGAAGCACGCUCCUCACAAUGGAAAUAUAACAACCUCUUUGGCGGUGCAAAUCCACGGGUAGCAAGAAGCAGCAAACCGAGGGAACUGUUAUGGGUAGUUAAAGGCAGUGCCGAGACUUGGAAUUAUUUUGAAUAAUUCCUAUAAACUGGAACUCUUUAGGGGGAAACCUGCACUUACCUGCAGUGAGGAUGGCUGUAGAUGUGGAGAGAUGAUUUCCUGUUUGUGGCGGAAUAUAUGGGAAAUGAAGCAUUUACUGUUGGAUUGUGGCAUCUUUAUUUUUAAUUGAAGGGCUCUUACUACUGUGGUUUAAUGUAAAUAGUAUAUGGAAGAAGGAAGUCUAAAAUUUCAAGUAUCCUGAUGAAUUGCGGCUGAUAUUCUGCUUGGUGCAGAGUGUUAGGAGAUCCCCGUUCUUUGCAGUUGUUGUUUCCAGUACCUUUUUGUGGCAUUUCAUCCCUCAGAAGAAGAAUGAAGAUCAAUUUAAUUUAAUUUAAUUUAAUAAAGUGAACUUGAUGCCCCUCAAUCACGAAUGCCCUCAUAAACACCGUGUAGUCUCCCUUCCGUGUUUGAACUGCUUUUCUCUCUCUCAUCUUCUCCUUGCCCCCCAAAGUCACAGAGGGCAGCCACACAUAUAAACAUACCUACUGGACUCCUUGUUUUUAUUCCUAACAAAAGGCCGGCUCUACAUUCCAUAGCACCGCGGUUGCUGGAGGCGCCGUUCCCAAAAGCAUGCAGAUGAUAACUGCAUCUCCUGCUGUACCUGUAACAAUUUAAUUGUAUAAGUCAGCCCAGUCAAGCAUCCCCAGCACAUGACUGGGAGACAUGAAAUUCAUUGUCAUUAUUGUCCCUGUCAUUUUGGAUCAUUAUAUCCUGCUGUAGAAUUUUCCUCACUUCAGUGCUUUUUUUUUUCCUCCAGGAACCGGGGAUUAUGGCUGAGGUUGGGGUGGGGGCAGGACUGUGAACUACAUUUACCUCAGGGGAGCCACAGAUUAAAUUGGCUUUGCUCUCUGACUUGCUGGAUUCAUCUAUUUGUAUGCUGUGAGUUUAAGGUUGGAAAUUUAUGAGUACCUGAGUGAAUUUCCAUGGUCCUGGUUUUAUUUGGUUUAUGCAUUAUUAUUAUUAUUAUUAUUAUUAUUAUUAUUAUUAUUAUUAUUUUGGUGGAGAACUGAACAGUACUGCUUGCUCCUCUUCACAGGAAUCAAAAUGUGGGUUGGUUCUUCUUAACUCAUUUUAUCCUUAAAAGAUCCCACGUUAUUCUAUAGGAAAGUGACAUUAUUUGCACGUUACACCACAAAUACAUCUGUAUUCCCCAGCUUGUCAGGGCUUUUCAGAGGCAAGAUUCCAUUGAAGCAUGUAAUUUAUAUGUGUGUGUUUUAUGGGAACUUAAUGGUAGGCCAUUAGUUAAUAUGUAUCUUGUUCCAUAAUGUAGGCAUGGUGGUGUCAUGGAUACUGCUAAGAAAAGAAAAAUGCUCUUGUGGGAGGCAGAUUUUUUUUCUUUUUGGUGCAUGAAACUUUGAAAGACUCUUAGCUAUUUCCCGAAUUUUUUAAAAAAUACAAAUUGAAUAAAAGCCAGUUAGGUGACUUUGUUUUCUUUCUUCAUUGUGGUACAGGGAUAAAACUUGAUUGGGGUAGGGUAGGGUUGAAAUACUGCCUCAAGGCCCCCCACCCCCAAAUGCCCCUCUGGUUUGAUUUAUUACAUUUCUAGGUCACUUUUCAUUCAAAAGAACCUCAAAGCGGCUUACAAACAAUAAAUGGCAAUAACCUGAUGGAACAUAAUGGAACAUCACAAACGCAGUGUAAAUCAGGCACCCCCAAACUCGGCCCUCCAGCCAUUUUGGGACUACAACUCCCAUCAUCCCUAGCUAACAGGGCCAGCGGUCAGGGAAGAUGGGAAUUGUAGUCCAACAACAGCUGGAGGGCCGAGUUUGGGGAUGCCUGGCGUAAAUCAUAUAGAAUAAUUAACAAAUCACCACUGAAAACAAUUACCAAUCUAUAAAGCACUGUUAACGAAGCAAGAAAUAAAAAAUAAGCUAAAACAGCAGGAUUGGAGCAAAACUCCUAUGAUUUAGCAAAUCAAUACAGCGUUUAGAAUCUAUAAAACAAUAUUAGCAAUAUUAAGAAAAUAGCAGCCGAAAAAUAAACUCCGCACUGCUAAGUUCAUACACACGCUGUCCACACCCAUUGACUCAUAAUCUUUCACUCUGUUCAGCUCAUUGAGACCCAUAUACCCAUGGCAGCAUCUCCUAUCUGAAGGUUCCUUGGGCUGGAGGGUGGAGCAAGGCGGGUGGAAAAAGGCACUGCCCUACUGGCCACCCAGUGUCUCUCUUCCCUCUCUGCCUCCGCCAUGUGCCUGGCCAAGUGACUACAAUCAUCUUUGCCCCGAUGAGCAGAGUUGGGGUGGUAGCUGUAUCUGUAAGAGGCAGGAGUUCCCAUUGGUGGUAGGAACUGCUAUCUGCAACAGCUGCCUUUAAAGAGCCAGGUCUGGGUUCUGGAAGUGAGAAAUAAAAAGAAGGUGCUGGAAUGGUUUCACGUGUUGAUUGGAACUCCCCUUCCUCAAUCCCACCUUGCCUGGCCUGCAUUUUUGCCAGGCAUUCCAGUGGAAAUUAAGAUAUCUGAUCAUCCUGAUUUUAUAUGUAGCUUUUUUGUGUGGGAGAAUUCACCCUUAAGGAACAUGGCUGGCACUGGCCAGUACUAAUACAAAUAAAGUUGCUCUGAUGCGUAUUAGACCUAGUUGACCCAUAGUACAGAGGAAGUCAGUAUAAUAAAUGCUCCAGUUGUAUAUAAUCACUGUUCUCUCUUUUUGGUGUGGAACUGGCCCUUUCAUAUUUAAUAAAAACCCUGAUAGGGAGACCUGUUGUCAGGGACCCUAACUGAAGUGGCUACGAAGAAGGCCAAGACAUUAAAAUCUCAGGUGUUUAUUGAACUUUGAGCAGGAAAGGUUUUGCUGUUUGGGAUAAAAUCUCCCUUCCCCAUCACCUCAAAAACUGAUUGCAUUUAAUGGUUGCUACUUAUUUAAAGUUCAGUCCCCUGCCACAAGUUUAUUUUUGAGCAAUUGACGUUAUUUGACUGCACUUUUGAGGCUGCUGCUGUUCAUUUUGCUGUUAACAACCUAGCACGACAAGCACACACCAAUAACCUCCUUUGGUUGUCCAGAGCCUCCAUUGGUUUGUAGCUCCCUCACAUGCAUAUGUAGGUUUUUAAAGCUGUUGGUUGUCCAUAUGCUUUCCCUGUGAACUGCAAAUAACACCAGUGUAUGCACGGCCAUCACACUGCCACGUUAUGUAUGGAAUUGUCCUCAGUUUUUGGCGCCGCCAUGACUGGUUCUAUUUAAGUUGAUGUAUAAAUAUUUCUAUCACACUUAAGCGCUUUCAGUCUCUGCUGGCUAAAUUCAAUUACAGUGGACCCUCCGGAUAUAAAUUAAAUUCGUUCUGGGGGUCCGUCUGCAACCCAAAAAGUCCGUAGGUAGAGGUGCCGCUUCUGCACAUGCACGUGCGCGGCAUGCAGAACGCUUCUGUGCAUGCGUGCGCGGCGAAAUCAAGAAGUAUACACUUCCAGGUUUGCCGUGUUCAUAUCCCGAAAGUUAUGUAUCCAGAGCAGUACAUAACUAGAGGGUCCACUGUAUUGUUUUGUCAUUUCAGAUAUGUGCCAUUUUAUUUGGAAUUAGAUCUUCUGUAAUUGUAAUAAAUACAUACUCUGCUUAAGGUGUUUCCCCCCUUCUUUUUGUUGCUUCUUUUUCCUGCAGCGAACAAGGAUUCCUCAUUAUUUAUUUAGAAACUACCACAUGUCUCCAGUGAGUGAUGAAGUCACUCUGCUUCAUGAAGAGUAAUUCUGCAUCUUCCAUAUAUCUCUGACAUAUUACCUCCUGUCUCUUUUUAUACCCUUGGAUCAUAAUUCUGGUUUUAGUUGGUUUAGAUAAGGUCACGUAAGAGGAAGUAAUUUCCUUGAUGUCCUAUGAAGUGGGCAAUAGUUCAUAAAACUAUUGACUGGGCUGCACUUGAGCAAUUGUGAUAUGAGACGAGAUACGAAAAUAGCUAUUGACCAAUUCCAGUGGAAAGAAAAUGCUUGCGCCUGUGUGUGUGUGUGUUUGCGUUUGCGUUGUGUGUGUGAUGCAAACAUAAAAAUGCAACUUUUGUCCUCACUGAUGCUUCUCACAGAGAAUUAGAAAGCUGUGAUUUGGUAUGCAUGUAGGCUGACAGGCUGGUUGUUUGAAAAGUCUGCAAAUGUGAGAGUUUGCAUUGGAGAGAGCUGGGGGAGGUUUUGCAGCAGCCACAAAUUCAUGUCCGCUCUAGGCAAGCAGUUGGGUAGAAGAGGAUGGGACGUCUCUCCUCACAGUCUUCCAAAAUCUCCGAGUUGCAUCAGAAUAGAAUUUUAAUGGCAGCCGGGAUUGUAUCUCUAGUUGCAGAAUUCAAGCUGCAUUGUGCCUUUUCGUCUAUACCAGCCUUUGUCCACCUGAUGCCCUCUGGAUGCACUGACCUGCAGCUCCCAUCAGUCCCAGCCAGAAUGGCCAGGUGGGCAAAGAUUGGUCUGCAUGUGUGCAUAUGUGCGCACGCACAAACACACAAAAUUUAUAUAAAGAUUUCUCUACACACAGGAUGUGUUAAUUAUCCCUUGUUUAAUAAUGUGCGCUGACAUCGCCACAUUUGUCCAACAUUGUAGCAUGGCCACAGAAAGGCUGUCAAGACAUUUUUCAUUGUGACAUUUUAGCGUGCCUUCCCUAAACUGGCACUGACAACAUUUUGCUUUCAUUUUAACACUAUGCGUUUACUUACCCUGACACUGCAAUAAGAUGCCUUUGACAAGUUGAAGGCUGAUACAAAGGAAGUGGGGUAACAACAUAAUUAAAAGCCAACACCACCAAGUAAAUCCUAAUUCUGAUCUGCCCCUCGCAACUCGCCCCCCUCCCCAUGAAGAGAAAUUCAUUAUCUGGGAAGGCCUCUGGCAUUGCACUUCUAAGUGCCUGAGCAGCGAUUCACACCUGGUGUCAUGCUAGUCAUUCCUCUCUGACUAGAUACCACUAGAAUAUCAUUAUUUUUACCUUUGAUACAAACGAAGAUAAUACCUUUUUCAUUGGAUCAGUUUCCAGUUAUUAAAGCUUUCAAAGUACAUUGAAUUCCCCAUCAGCAAACCAAUAUCCCGUGCAUCCGUAGAAUACAUUUAAAGCCCUCUUAAAAUUGUGGCCCUGUGAAAAGUAUCCUAACAACCCUCAGCUCCCUUAACAAUUUACAGUUUGAUCAGUAAGAGCAUGAGGCUCUUGAUCUCAGGGUCGUGGGUUCGAAACCCACGUUAGGCAAAAUAAUCCUGGAUUGUAGGGGAUUGGACUAGAUAGCCCUUGUCAUCCCUUCCAACACUACAGUUCUAUGAUUCUUUUAUUAUUUGAGGGAAACCAUGACUGUGAACGUGCAUAGGAGUGCUUUUAAAUGUAUGGUGUGGAUCUGACCUAUGUUUUGUAUAAAGCUCUUUUCAUUUUACCAUAGAACUUGCCAAACUUCUCCAGUAGCAUGCUGGUUUUUGUUUUUGUAUUUUUGGGGGCAUGUUCACAUUUUGUCCCUCUUUUUCCAUGGAAGUCCACAGUUGAGGUUCCCAAAUCUUGUGAUGCUACUAGGCUAAAGCAGGAGCAGGAGGAUUGUCUGAGGUCUCCCUACUAGGCUAACAGGCGGAGACAUAAUUGACAAGUCAGUGACAGAAGAUUAGGGAAAUAAAAUGGUCCUGAGCUGUCUGUAGAACCACAUCUGCUGAGUGGCUAGCAAAAAGGCGAUGCUCCUCUUGACAGAGCCAAGACAUGCAUUCUUUCCUACAUUUAUGAGAGAUUGAAAAGGAACUAGUAACAGCCAAAGCUCCUUUUGCGAGACCAAUCUCUGUUGACUCUAAGGAAACUGGGAAAUUACAGAGUCUUAUAGGAGGGCGGAAAGGCUCUGUGGGUGUGCGAAUGUUGGGUUUCUUUUGUUUAGAACCAAAGGGGUGUGUGUGAAGCUGGGUUAGACAUUUGUGAAUUAUAUACAGAAGAACAUGAGCCGUGAUAGAAAGUGUUGCCUUCGUUGGUCAACGGAAUGCUGAUCUCAAGAAUUCCCAUUUACACUGUUUGGUCCCUUCUGCCUUACUAAGCUAUAAAAAAGCUAUACUAAGCUAGGACUCGGGGGGUUGCUGUACAUUUUAUCUUUUUAAUAGGUUCACUAUUCACUUUAUUCUGAUGAAUAUGUACCCUGUAAAUCUAUCUAUCUAUCUAUCUAUCUAUCUAUCUAUCUAUCUAGGCUGCUUCUGUCUUCAGCUGCUCCACUGUAAAUCUGCAAUGAGAUUUACAUCAUAAUCGCAGAUAGAAUUCAAUGCGGAAUCACACCAAGAUUGUCCUGAUGAUCCUGACUGAAAACUUACGUGAAUUGCAGCACCUGGUCAAUACACAGCGAAGGCUAAAAAUGGAGCUGGUUGGGAAGGAAGGUUGAAAGAGAAGCUACAGUUAACGUUGGCCACAAUUAUUAAGAGGUUCUCCCCCCCCACCUCCAAUGCAACCCUGUACUACUCGGCUCACAACAUUUUGCUGAGUCCUCCUGGAGAGGCUUUCUGGUGGGGGCGGUGCGGUUCCUGGAGGCUUCGGUGGGGAGGAUGAGGAAAUAAAGGUUCAUUGCGUAAUAUUGCAUUCUGCAUGUGCAGCGUUGGGUAGCGCACAAAGUUAUUUAAAGAGACAGCAUUUUAAUUUUUAAAAAUCGAAAUGGGUAUUUCCCCCCCCUUUAAAAAGUAUUCUUUUUCCUCCGUCCUGUUUUAUGUAAUUUCUCCCCCACAGAUGGCUUUUGUUUGUAUUGCCCAGUCACUUGCAAGCUUUUGUUCUGAAUGGUUUUGGGUUGUUCAGAUCUCUUUGGGACAAAUUAAGCCUUCUGUGCUGUGAUUUUUUGAUAUAAAAAAAUCUGUCCGAUCUGUCCUGAGAGGUGACAGAGCUAAAAGAAGAAGAAGAAAAAGGAGAGGUGAGGAGGGAGGACAUAGACAAGAGCAGCAGCUAGCAGAGGGUAGAGUGUUAAGUGGACAUGUGUUCAGGGCAAGUGCUGUGCUUUUACAAUUCCUGCUACUUUGCCUACAGGUUAGCGGCUGUAGGCUUGAAGACAGCUGACUCAGCUCUUUACUAUGAAAGAACACUGAAUUAUUUUGACAGCCCUGUUCUUUUAUUUGUAUAUCUUUCAGACCUGAUGGCAAUUUUAAAAAAAAGACUUUCUGAAUCCAAGAGUUAUUACUGAAAGCAAAACAAAAACAAAAUUGUCUGCAACCACAAAACAUUUAUCUUAGUCUUACCUACAAUCCCAUUGGUACACUAAAACUAUAUCUAUCUUUCUAUCUAUUCUAUCUACCUAUUCUAUCUCUCUAUCUUUCUGUAUUUUUAAAAAACAGACUCUUCUGCUUCUCUUCUCAGCUUGUCAUCUCCCAUAAUAUUUUGGUGCCAAUUAAUACUAAUGGACCAUUUGCUUAUUUUCUUGGUUGCAUGGUCUGUAUCUCCUUUCCGAAUAGCUCAGCAGGGAACUCAGGUACAGAAGCACCAUUUUAUUGUAUUAUGUUAUUUAUUUAAUAUUUAUAUGUGCUUCUCGUUAACAAAGCUUGCCUCCAACAGUGUACAAGGAUAAAAUUUAAAAUACAUUAAAGCAAAUUAAGUACAAAAAACCCCACAAAAAACAGAAUUGCAGAUGCCAAAGACAAUUGGUCAGUGCUGAUAGUUGGGGAAAGUCUGAGCAAACAGGGUGAGUUUUCAGUAAGAGUGGAAAGCACCCAAUAACCCAUUCCACCCAAAUUGCAGAAAAGGAGGGCAUUUCAGAGGGUAGGAGCCGCUAAGGAGAAGGCUAACUUUUGUCCUGCUACCAAAUGGGCAGGUUGCAGCACUAUCAGCAAGGUCUCUUGAGGAUCUCUGUGAUCUACUGAGUCUCUAUAGGGAAAGGUAGUCUUUCAGGAAACCAAGUUGCUCAGGGUAUACAUUAACAACAACACCUCUAAGGGAAUGGCUAGUGAAGUGUCUUCAAUUAGUCGACAUGAACAAAUUGAUUCAUGCAUUUGUUUUUAUAGGAGGAACGGUGUGUUUUAAAAAUCAGCAUUUGUUAAGAGGCGCACCUAUUUUGUGAAUUACUGUAUUGCAAAUUUUCAAAAAAAGGCAGACUUGAAAUUUUAAAAAAUUACAUAAAUUAUGGGUUUUUUUUGUUUUUUAUUUAAUGCAGCCUCAAAAGAAGCAGAGGGCUUUGUAGCUAAUAGUUCCUUCAACACAGGUGUGAUAUGUGCUCUGUCACCAGUCUGCUCAGUAUCCUAGCUGCCCAAUUGUGCAGUUUCUGAACUUAAGGGUUGUCCUGCAGAGGGAGCACAUUAUAGCCAAGCAUUGAAUAUUAAGGGGAACUGUGGGCUGGGUGAUGCCAUGGCUCCCCUAUCUUGUUCCCCUCUGAGAAGAGCUUGAAUUUGUAGCCACAUACUUUGAAUCUACAUAAUUUGGAUCUACAUAUUGAGGCUGCAACCUUAUGCAUGCUUACCUACAGUGAGUUCUACUUCCAAGUAAACAGCAGGACCAACUGUUAUAAGCCCUGUGCUUUUUAAACUUCCCUCAGGGAAUCCUUUCCACAGCGAACCACAUCUGUCAGGUUUAGGGCAGGCCCAACACUCUGAGGUUGCAGAUCAUCUAUUUCAAGAACAUUUAAAUACGGCUGUCAGUCAGGUAUACAUGGCAAAUAUCUAAACGCUUUUGCUGUCCUCUCUAACUGGCCAUCCUAUCUGUCUCUCUGGACAUGUCAGCAUUAUUAUGUAGCCUAAAAACAUAACCACAACAAAUGCUCCUGGAGUACAGUGCUGCUUUUAUUUAUUUAUUUUUCCUUCCUGUAUUUGUAGGCUUCCUUUCAGGGUUGUCCCUGGUAAGAGUUCUCAACACUUUAGGAAAAAUAGCAGUGAUUGAUGACAUUGCAAGUCAUAAAAUAAUUAAAGGAAUGGCUGAAGCCCCAUUAAUACAUCUGAAAAUCACCACGGCAGCAGAUAAAAACAGUAUUGACAGACAUAAAACAAGCGUAAAAGCAGGCAACAGCAACAAAACCCUCACACAAAAGACUAGUGACUGGAAAUCACCAGCAUAAAUCUCCCAUUAAAAGCAGUACAGAAUAAUAAGCAAAGCCUUCAGUGCCUGCUUAAAAGUAAACAUUGAUGGGCCCUACAUACCAACAUAGGAAGGGAAUUCCAUAGGCAUGGGGCCACCACUGAAAAUGCUCUGUCUCUUGUGCCCAUGUAUCUGUCAGUUAUUGGUAUCAAAACCACAUUCAGAACCUUGGGUGCCUGUUUUGGGCUUAUACUGUUUUGGCCUAUAAUGUUAAGAUACAUAUAUGUGUGCUGGCCUUCAUACCUUGAGGAAAAUCUUGUCUUCUGUGAUAGCAUCUUUUGCCCUUCCUGUACUGAAAUGGCACCCCAAGUUUUUCUGGUUGACAUGGCAGGGCAACUGCUUUACACAGAUAGCAGUGAACAAGAGAGAUGAAGGGGAGGAUGAAAAUUGCUUGGCCUCAACAACAGAGAGAAGCAUUGGCUAUUGUAAUACUUGGGCACUCGGCAUUCUUCAUGUGUGGGGACUUGGGGCAGUGUAUCACAUCACCUCAGCAUAGGGGUGGGGAACUGGAUCUGAGCCAGUGUGCAGGAUCCUUAUUUUCUCCACCCCUGCAGGCCAAGUUUGACAGGUGGGUGGGGCCCACUUCUGCCAUCCUGGUUUAACAUUAAGCUAGCUGAUAGUGCUUUCAGAGUCUCGCGCACAGCACUUUGCCAUCUCCAAUGCUGGAGCUUGCAAAGCGCUGUUGACAGAGCCUGCAAACCCCAACUGCUUCUUUAUCUGCCUUGCAUCUGGCGCCAUAUGUGAUGUUGCGUGUAGGACCGGCGGGCCUGGCCUGGCCAAAAGGCCUCAGGAGCCAAAUGGGGAGGCCUGGCAGGGCUGUUUAGGGCUGGAGGUUCCCCACCGCUGCCUCAAUGCAUAAAACCUGUGUUCUAAGCUUGUAUCUUUUAUUAUUAUUAUUUUUAUUGUUAAAAUAACUCAGCAUUAAUACACACAUAUUUCGAAUAUACAAACAUACAUUUCAUACAAUCCUUAAAAAUGUUCAAACAUACCUACACUCAACCCCACAGAUAAUUCCUUUUCCUGUCACCAUCUACCACCCCUCACCCCACCUUUGUGUUAGACUUCCAAUCUACUCAAUUGCAAUUUCUUUCCACUUCUAUUACUUUCUUUCACACACGUUUAACCUAAUUUCAUGCUUCUUUUUCUAUUACACAUUGUUAUCCAUCUUAUUUAGUAUUCCAGUAUUUAAAACGGAACUUGUUUAUUCUAAUAGGAGUUCUGAUUUUUCAAUAUGGUUUUGCAAGUAUCCUUUAAACACCUUCCAGUCCCUGUCUAUCUUCUCUUUUGAGAUCCUUCCAAUUUCUCCCAUUGUUUUGGAUAUAUUGUAGUACUCCAAUAAUUUGGCAAGCCACUCUAUUUUUGUCGGUAUAACACCACUUUUCCAGUUUUUGGCAAUCAAUAGCCUUGUGGCUACUGUUGUGUAUAAAUAUAAUGACUUGUCUUCUUCCUUUAGACUUCCUGGUACUAUUCCAAUAGAAAAACCUUCUGGUGUUUUCCUAAAUGAAUAUCUGAACAUUUUUUCCAUUUCGUUAUAUAUUGUUUCCCAAAAUUGUUUGAUGUUUAAACAAUUCCACCAUAUAUGUAUCUUAGCUUGUAUCAGAAGAAGUGCGCACAUGGCUGGUGGCGAUUUAAUGCCUUGUUAUGAUUGCCUUGGGAUUUGCGGCUUAACUGUUUCUGAGCAGAAUUCUCCCUGUCUCCCAGCAGAAACCCUUCCAUGCUCCCCCCCUUCUAUUUCCUUUUAACUGACUUGUCUUUCCAGAGGAGGAAACCGGUCUUUCCUCCUUCUGUCUGUCAACUUAAUCAUCCAUGAACAGAGAUAGAAGAGACCCCUGUCUGUAACAGGGCAGUGCUCCUAAGAGGAAAAGCUUCUGCAGAACCAGCUAGGGCUUUGCUGGCCAGCCAGACCUCUAGAGGGCACCAGUGAGAGGGGAAAGUAAACCACAAAUGUUGCUGAAAGCAGUUUUGCAGCUAUUGCCCCCAGAAUAGAUACUCCCGCAGAUUUGCCACCAGUAAUGAAUUUUCAGCUGCUACUUGGCCAGUUCUGUAGUGGACACCAUUCAGAGGAGAAAGGAAAAACACCAUGGGAAGGGUGUUUUAAGCCGCUGGCUGCACUCGGAAGCCUUGCAAGUUGUUGCAGGAGCGGGACUGUGAGCAACUUCAUGCGAUGCGUUUUUCUAGGACCAAGGUGAAACUGUAAAGCUCCCUUGUUAUUUUUGUUAUUGAGUGUUGUUUAAGUAAUCAUCUUAUAUUUAUAGUCAUGAAAUGUUACAAUUUUUGGCAAGUUAUUGUGCUGUUUUGCUAUGUUAUUAGGUAAUUAUUUUUGUACCAUUUGGUUUCAAAGUGUGUUGUUUUCUCUGUAGUAAGCCGCUGUUGCGGAAUACAAAUAAAAUGAAUGGAUGGAUUAUUAACUCCUUCAGUUAUUUGAUGCCAGAACUUCCUUGAAUUUUGGCGUGUGAGAGGGAUUCUUGGAGGAAUAAUGUAGGGUCAAGCUGGAGUUUGAAGAACAUCUGUAAGACUUAGGGCCUAGUUUUACCGGUCUCCUGGUUCUAUUCGGUGUGACUAGCAAAGAUUACAGCAUCCUUGAGGGAUGGAUCCACACAAUUCAUGUUUUCCCUGUGUGCCCUUCCAUGGCGAGACAUGGAUCAGGGUCAUUGUCUUUAUGCACUCUGCUAUGGUAUGGCUAUGCCAAAAUCACCCUUGAUUCUCGUAGCACUGCUGAAUUUGGGAUGGUUGGUAACUUUUGUUACAAUAACUUUUGUUUUAAUAAAUCUCGCUGAGCUUGACAGUUUGAAGAAAAGUCUUCUUAUGCCAGGAGAGGAGAGCAGGAUUCCUUGUUUGUAACCACAGUGAUCCAAAUGCCACAACAAUCCGAGCCAAAGACUAGUUAUGAAACGCAAAGGGGAUCCAAGCUAUGGGGUGAGGUGGGGAACCCCUUUGAUUUAUCCCUUUCCCAGUUGCAUCUGCUGUCUCUUUUGAGAAACCUUGCUGCCCUUUUACCUAAACAGAACCAUAGUAAGAAACCCACAAGACUCUUUAGUCCCUGAGCAUGUCUUGCUAUUUUUAAAAGCUGUAUUUCCAGUAAGUGGGUUACAGGUCCUUGUUAAAUAGCAUUUCACCAGUGAGAAUAUAACUGUAGUAGUUGCUGUAAUUUACCAUUGCUGAAAUGUCCUCCACCUAUUUUGGAAAUCCUUCUGUAUGUUAGAAGGCUUGUUUGUAGUUGUGUGUAUCUUUUGACUUUCAAACAACUAAAGAGCAGCUCUUCAUACAGAUUUCUAAUUGUUCAAAGCAGGCACCCCCACACUUGGCCCUCCAGAUGUUUUGGGACUACAACUCCCAUCAUCACUAGCUAACAGAACCAGUGAUCAGGGAUGAUGGGAAUUGUAGUCCCAAAACAUCUGGAGGGCCGAGUUUGAGGAUGCCUGGUUCAGAGGCUACACAUCCAAAGGGAGAAUUUUAGCCCUUUUAAAAAACAAAAUAAAACUUGCAUGCUACCAAUCUGCUUCUGGAUACUUUCUGCAUAACUUCAGCCUAUUCCAUUAAUUUAUCAUGUGGCCUAUUAACUCUCUUUCUUAGUGUUGGGGAGGUUGCCAUUUUUAUUUAAUUUAUUGAUCGUUUCUGAUCUUAAUCUGACUGUCUCCAGGCAGCUGAAGUGACAAGCAAUUUUUUUUAUAUAGUCAUGUAAUGGAAAAAUAUCAAAAUAAAAUCAAAACCUUCUGUUUUUUAAACAAAAGCUAUUGUUCCCAGCUCCCUUGAUUUUUUUGUAUGCUUUGGGGUUUUGUUUUCCCUAGGCCCUAUUUAGCUUGCUUAAGCUUCCCUCGGUGGACUUCUUCCACAUUGGAAUGAGAAGUUUUGAAGCUGUGUAACAGUUCUGGGAGCCAUUGAUCCUCCUUCUACGUUUUUGCCCUUUUGGUUUUCGAAACGGAUUGCUCGCAUAGCGGCUGGGUGUUGCUCUGGCAGAAUCGGAAGGGGCCGAACUUUACAUAAAUCAUUUAUACUGAACGCUUGGUAUGCUGGCAACAUAAAUCAACAGCAGCAUCCAUUACCAUUCAUUCACCCCCCCCCAUUUUUUUAUCAGUAUUAUCUUGAUAGAACCGAUCCCAACUCGUGGGCAUGCUGAACUCUGCCGUCGGAACUCCAGCCCUUUGUAAUUAAUUAUUCUGGGCACACAGAGCUUGGCCCUUGCUACGCAGAAUAAUUGCUCCCAGCCAACAUCCAGGGUUUUAACUUCAGUGGCAAUAAUAAAUAGAAAGUCUCAGGUGAUGCCACUAUUUUAAAGUAAUUAAUCAUUUCCAUUCUUCUUGCUCUCCCCUCUCUCCCCCCUCCCUUCCCCCUGCCAAUGCUCUCUCUUCCAUGUUGAUUCCCCUCUCCUCAACUAGGAAGAUUCUGUAAUAAAUCUUUAAUGAUAUAUAUGUUAAGAGUGAUCUGUUAACUAAACCUCCUUGGGUUCUUUCUUUGUGUGUGUUCAACAAGAUUUUAAUAUAUAUAUAUAUAUAUAUAUAUAUAUAUGUGUGUGUGUGUGUGUGUAUCCCCAACCUUGUGAAUGCUAUUAGUUGUGAACUUAAAAUGUGCAUAAAAUGAAUGUCUUUUUCACUGGCAGCAGAGGCUUAGCAGUGGAAUCCCUGAAAGAUCAUUGCUUGCUUCCUUUUUAAAAAAAAAUUAAUGUCAUGCAGCGUGUGUGUGCUAUUAGAGAUUGUUAAUUAACACCAGUGGGGCCGUCAAAAAACAAAUUCUUCGAAGAUGCUGUAUUAAUGCCGGAUUUGUGGAGGGGGGGGGCAGGGGUUGGUUUUAGAAUCCUCCUCCUUCCAAAACAGAAAGCGUGUGGUUUGUUUUCAUGUCAGGUCCUUGACUGAACAAAUGCAAAUUGCUCGUUUUGCAACGUAUAAAAAACCACAUUGCUUGGACAGUAAUCCCAGCUAUUUGCAAUUGUUUUUUAAAAAAUAACAAUCGUACAAAUACGCUGUUUAGAACAAUUGAGAUGAAUGCCCUGCCUUGCCAAGAGAAGACAUUACUCUAAACAAUUCUUGGUAGACCUGACCAGCCAUCACAUAGAUUCGGUGUGACAGGGACAGAUGUGACAGAUCCGUUCUGACACACUUCCAUACCACAAGUCAGUGGCUUGAGGUGACUCAUGUCCUUCCCUUGAUUCUGCCCCCUGCUGCAGGACAACACAACGAUGCACGAAUGAACCUUGCCAUUGCCCUCACCGCUGCCAGGUAUGGGGCUGCCACAGCCAAUUACACUGAAGUGGUGCGCUUGCUGAAGAAGACGGAUCCAAAGAGCGGGGCGAGCCGCGUCUGCGGCGCAAGGUGCAGGGAUGUUCUAACAGGUAAGCAGCCUUCGCUCCCCUGUGGUAUUUAUAGAGCCCCUUUGCUUCCUUAUACCUAACAGCAGGUAACUUGCGUUGGCCCACACACUCACAAGGCACCUUGCUUCGACUGUACUUUUCAGAGACGGCGUUUCUAACGCUUGUCUCCUAUGGUUCGGUGGAUUCUGGCAUUCCACUGGCAUUCUUCCACUUCCCUUAAUGCAUGCAGUUUAGAGGACACAGUUAUUUUCCUGGAUGAAGCACAGCUGUCCACAGAUGCUGUGGUGUCUCCUCCCCCCCCCCAUUUCCCUUUCUGUUUAAGGAGACAGAAAUAUUUAUUUAUUUAUUUAUUUCUCCCUCCUUAUGUUAGAAAGAAGAAGUUAAGGAGGGGGAGUGCAGCGGGAGGCUGGAGUUUGUAAAUAUCACUUAACUGACAAAGGAGGCAUAUUUCCAAAGUGCAGUGGCAUGUCAUUAAUGCCAAUCAUCUUUAACUUCUGUCAGGUUUUCAUUCAAAUCCUGGUGCUUUGGCAAGCUAAGCCACGCUUUACAUCCAAGCCCUUCUGUCAAGAAAAGCUGACGUCGUAAAAUAACCGUGUGGUGUGCGUUCAGUCAUAGUACCAUCUAACAAAUUUCAGGGUUUAAGAAUGCCAUUAAACAGAGAACUCGAUAAAUAAAAGUAAAAUCGGGAGAGGGGAAUCUUCUGCCACUCUAGAUUUUAUCUGAGAGGAAUUUUCUCUCUCUCGUUUUUUUCUUUUCUUUUUAUUAAAAUUAUCCUCAAAAUUAUUUUCUGAUAACAAUACUAGCUGCUAAGCUUCUGCAGUGUGUGCUCUCUGUGUGUGUGUGUGUGUUAUGUGCAUGUGUGUGUAGAUAAAUACACACACUUCACAAUAGGUUAACUUCAUAGAUAAAUUAAUAAUCCAGAGAGUCAGUGAACAGGGAAACAAAUGGAGUAUGUGAUUGAUGCUGUUUUCUUUCACAGGGCAGGAAUUUGAUGUCAGAGCCAAAUGUGUUAUCAAUGCUACAGGACCUUUCACAGACUCCGUGCGGAAAAUGGAUGAGCAGAAAGUACCAAACAUCUGUCAGCCAAGUGCAGGCGUUCAUAUUGUGAUGCCUGGCUAUUACAGGUAACGAUAUUCAAAAGCGGGAUCAUUUAUAACAAUCGGAAGAAGUGUGUCCAGUGUAGAAAAUAAAGUUGUAGAGAGAGAGAGACUUGCUGCUGUUAAUAGUGCAGGGUGAAUGCAAGCUUUUAUUUCCCCUUCUCUCCUCCCCCCUCCUCAUUUUUGGUUUAGCUCAGAGGGGGAAAAUGCUCUUACUGAGGACACAUGGUACAGCCCUCCCCGUAACUCUGUCCCCUUUUGAAUGCUCAAAAGAGCAUUGCUUGUGUGUUGCCAUGCCAAAAUCUGCCUCUGGAAGUGGAAUGCUUUCAUAUCAAGGGGAAGGCUUGACUGGUUCAAACUAAAGUGGGGUAAGGAAGAUGCUUUCUCCCCUGCCCAAUCUGCUUCAACCCUGCUUCCCGCUUAAAUACUGGAGCAUUUCAUUUGUGUGACUGGCAGCAAGCACCUUUGGAAGAACAGAAAGUGGGCAACUUUUUGCAGGGAUUUCUUUCUUUAUUUGGCCAUGCCUCAGUCGAUCUUUUACCUCUCACCACUGCUGUGUCCUCCUGCUCCUCCCUGAGUCAGCGGCGGAGCAAGCUGAUUGGGCGCCUGGGGCGGCACUCAUGCCCUAUGCCCAGGGGCAGAACGCUCUGCGGGACCCCCAAGGAGUCUGCCUGUCUCCUCCCAGUCGCCCUACAGCUGAGGGGGAGGCAGCGGGUGAGCUGUUAGGGGCAGCGCAGAGCAUGUGGGAGCCCAAGCCACCGCAUCACUCCCAGGAGAGACGCAUGGCUCUGGCGCGCUGAAGGCCCCGCGGUGAGUGCCGCCUGGUAUUUUGUCACCCCACUCAGUGGUGACACCUGGGGCGGACCACCCCACCCCCACCCCCUGUCCUGAGUAUCAUUUAUUUGUUUGUUAAAUUUCAUCUGAGGAUCAUAGGGUGGUUUACAAUAUAAAAACACAAAAAUACAUAACAUAGGAACAAGCAAUAACAAUUCCCACCCCAGUUUAAAAGGCCAUCGAUUGUUUAAUAAGCCAAAGGCCCGGGAGAAGAGGAAUAUUUUGACGGUGCCGAAAGAUAUGUAUUGAAGGCACCAGGCUAGCUUCCCUGAGUUUUGUGUGAGGAAAACUAACAUAGAUAUGUGAGCUGAUUCAUAAAGCAUUUACGGCAUAACAGCUAAAAGGUAGUCUUAAGCAAGUUGACUCCAGGCCUGGGGCUGCUGUAUCGACUUGCAUUACGUGACUGACCUAAAGAAGUGCUUUGAAUACUUGAGAUGUUCUACAUAAAUGCUACGUAUUAAUAGUAGUGGAUUCAGAGAUGUCCCUCCACAAGGGGCAAACAAAGGCAUUGUGACACCCAGGGCGGAGCAUCGCUAUGUAGGGCAUAUGUGUGGCGUCGCUAGGUACGAUGCAUGUGCCAUAUGUCGCGAUGCCGCAUAUGUGCUGUACAUAGCGGUUUGCCGGCGGCCCCACUCCAGCACCAUGUGGACGGUGCCGGGAUCCUCUGCUUGCAGAGGAUCCUCCACAUGCAGCGGCGGCACGAUGGCUGCUCGCUCCGCCACGGUGGGGCGGGGUGAGACCUUGCGGGGUGCCUUCUUAUCACCCCCCCCAGACAUGGCACCUGGGGUGCACCCCCGUUGCGACGCCACUGCCCUUCACUUGUGGACAAGGGGAUCUUCAGCUCAUGGGAAGCAGCGCUAGAACAUCAUGCAAGGAAAGUGUGUGGCGGUGGGGAAUCCAAAAUAUGUUCUUCCACUUUCAUGGUAGGUUGUGUACGCAUAAGAGCCCAAGAAGAAGCAUAAGAACUGUUGUAGAACCUUCUUGUUAUAGCCCUGCACAAACUCAUGUGCAUCAUCUGCAGAGCAGUGCUCCUCUUCUUCCACUUGGGUCUCUUGCUUUAGGCUAGAACAGGGGUCUGCAACCCGCGGCUCCGGAGCCGCAUGUGGCUCUUUUACACCUUUGCCACGGCUCCGGGGCGGAUACUAGCGAGGGGAGGAGGCGCAUUGUGCGCCCCGACACUCCCCACUGUGGCGGGCGCUGUACUGGCUGUGACGUCGCAUGGGGCGGUGUGUGCGUUAGUCACGCACCGUCCCGACGUCACCUUCCCGCCCGCCCGCCCGCUACAUUGUAAGGGGCAUGAACGCUGGUCACUGCAUUGAAAGGGGGCAUGUACGCUGGUCACUGUUUUGAAGGGGAGUGAAGAACACACACACACAAAAAGGUAACUUGUUAAUUUAAUGUUUAUUUCUAUGAGGUGGAGUAAUUCUGAGUGGUCAAACAAAGAAAUAAAUAAAAAAGUGACAAAAAAGUUAUUUUUAUAAUGACGAGUUUUGCGGCUCCCAGUUUUUUUUCUUCGGAAACGGGUCCAAGUGGCUCUUUUUGUCUUAAAGGUUGCAGACCCCUGGGCUAAAAAAUCCCAUUGAACCAUUGCAUCAUCUCUUCCUGCAUUUCAACUGCAGUAUGGCUAACUGGAAGAGAACACAUAGUUAAAACAGGAUCUUAGCCAACAGCUGAGUAAGGUGUGUGGUAUCUCAGUCCACCUUUACCAAGUAGCCAUAGGGCUUGUUUCCUCUGUGUAUCACUUUACCUGGCCUUGCCAGAGCACAGCAGGUACAGGAACUGGCUGCUAAUUCACAGCUUUGUUGGAUUACUCCAGCCCUCAAGUGGUGUGGGAUUUGUGUUCCAGUGGGUAGCCAAUGUGGUGCCGUCCAGGUGUUUUGGACUACAACUCCCAUGAGCCCUAGCCAGUAUGGUUCUGUGGUCAGGGAAGAUGGCAUUUGUAGUCCACUAAACCAGAGGGCACCAUGUUGGCUACCCCUGCUUGAUGGUAUCCUUGUUUUGCGGGAUCCCCGUACUCAAUCCAGCUCAGAGGUUCCGUCUUGUCAAAGUCUAGGGCAUCCAUUAUUCACCUAUAAAGUGACGGAACUCUCAGACAAGGAUAUCUUUAUUACACUCUGCAGUUAAUACAUGCUUAAAACUGGACAGCUGGGGCAAUUACUCGCAGCUAUUUGCAUGGUUGCUACGGCUACAGCCCACAUCAUCCACCUACUAUAAUGAGCAAAACGAGUACACUCAAAAGCAUUCAGUAGAGAUGGAAGGCGGGAGCAGCUGAAAAACAAAUAUUUUGGCCUUUAUUCUUUUGCAGUGCUGGCUACUCUGAGCUAUUACACCUUCAGUCUUAGAUGGAGCCCAGGAUUGUGUGUGCAAUCUGGUUUAUAUACUAUAUGAUAAACUCAGGGUCAGUCUCUCCCUUUGGCUUAUUCCUCAGCAUCUCUCAAUAUGCAACUGACUUUGUUUCAGCGACAACUCCUGCCUGUGCAGAUCUGCUGCUGAGUGAAAAGUAGAUUGAUCUCAUCCUAAACAUAGUUAAGCCGAGGAAUUUGUCUGUAUAAGAAAUAAUACACACCAUGCAGAAAUAAACAAACAAACGUGUGUAUUAAUUGAGCAACAGGUUUUUGCCCCCAGUGCCAACUAAAUCCUGUUUAGCAGGAAAAUGUGUGUCAUUUCAUUACAGCUACUGGUCUCUUUGGGAAGGUACUUUGACAUGAUCUUGGGAAAAUGGUAAAUAGUUUAAAGGCUUUUUAUGUGUAAAUGUAGAUAAGAUUUAAUUAAUUUAAUGUUAAUACAAUGCAAGCGUUUCCCAGUAGGUUCUUACAUUUUUAUAUUCUUCAUUAAUAGUCCCUGUGUCCCUCUGCUCUCAUUAAUUCUGUUCUUCAGAUACAUGUCCUCAUAUAAGUACCUCCUGCAUGACUUUCUCACACUCUGAUGAUGUUAGUGUGACUAAUCUCAUAAAUUUCAACCCUUAAUCCAGUUGAUGUCGCCUGCAGUUUCGGCUAUGUGUUGGCUGCAGCAGUGGCUCUGGUUCUGCUUCUUAGAAGAUGUAAAAACAGAUCCCUGAUCCGAAGAUGGGCAUUCCUAUUUUCUUUGAGAACAGUGUUAACAUAGAUUCUGCCUGCAGCAGUUACAUCAUUGGAUGUAACAUUCAAAAGGAUGUAAACUAUCCAACACCGUAGCUAAAGGAGCUUUCCCUUGAAUUCAAAAAUUAAAGGUAGACACGUUGGCCGUAAGAAAAAAACCAAAAUCCACAUUAGGGUAAUACCUUUAUUGCACCAACCAGUACUCUUACUCAGGCUAGAGUAAAACAAAGCAAGGCAAGGGUUGGGGCAUUGGCUGGUGGUAACAUCAUGAAUCUGUCUCUGUUGACAGCCAUAAGGAAGAAAUUAAUAGGAGGCAUCAAACAUUUUUCAGUGCAGUGCAGACAUCUGGUUGCAUCAAGGCCUACUGGGAAGAAGAAAGCAAUGGCAGAUUCCAAAUGAAUUUUUAAAAAACCCAAUUGUUACCCAGGUCUACCUCAUUUCUUAAAUGAAACACGCAGAUUUAUUGAAGAUGAGAAUAAAAAGAAACUAGAUAGUUUUAUAUAUCUGAAGAUCUUUAUACAGUCGUACCUUGGUUUUUGAACAGCUUAGUUCUUUAGCUCCGGAACGCCGCAAACCCGGAAGUGACCGUUCCAGUUUGCAAACUAUUUUUGGAAGCUGAACGUCUGAUGGGGCUUCCAUGGCUUCCGAUUGGCUGCAGAAGCUUCCUGCAGCCAAUCAGAAGCCACGCUUUGGUUUCCAAACAUUUUGGAAGUCGAACGGACUUCCGGAAUGGAUUCCAUUCGACUUCCAAGGUACAACUGUAUAUCUGAGGUCUUUAUAUAUAUCUGAAGAUCACAGUUUACAAUAUAAAAACACAACAAUAUAUAGCAUAAUAACAAACAAAAACAAUAAUCCCACUACCACCACCGUUUAAAAGGCUAUAGAUAAUUUAAUUAUUAACCAAAGGCCUGGGAGAAAAGGAAUGUUUUUGCCUGGUGCCUAAAGAUAUGUAAUGACGCACCAAUUGAGCCUCCCAGGGGAGCGCUUGCCACAAACAGGGAGCCACUGCAGAAAAGGCCUAUUCUCAUAUUGCCACCUUUUGGACCUCUCGUGGAGGAGGCACAUGAAGAAGGGCCUCAAAAGAUGAUUGCAGGGUCCAGGUAGGUUCAUAAGGAGAGAGGUGGUCCUUGAUGUAUUGCAGGCCUGAGCCGCUUAAGGCUGUAUAGGUCAAAACCAGUACUUUGAAUUGGAUAUUUGUGUUUCAGUGUGCACCAUCCUGGAAUCCAUAUCUAGAUGUAGGUGUGGUUCAGAAAGUGUAAAAAUAAUUUUCGCCAGGUGGGUUAAGGUAAGUCAUUCUCUGUCAUAGGCCUUCAGUCCCACCUGGAACAUGGAGUUAAUAAAAGUACUCUAUUUUACGACAUUGUUCUGUAAUGUAGGUGAAGCUCUGUGGAUGUCCUGAAAAACUUUAUAAAUGUUAAAUAGUAUUACUGUAUGCUAGAAUCUCACCCUGAUUGUAUUCUGGAAUUUUCUGUUAUUUGUCAGAGUAAUUAUUGAAAGAAGAUCGAACAGGCAGUGAUAGAAAUGGGCAAGAGAGUGGGAUUUGAAAUCAUUUACCAUUUCCCCCAAUUUAGAUUCUUCUAGCGAUUCCAUGACAUUGAAAAAGAACGUAAAUGAUUUCCCAGCAAUCUUUGCAAAGAAUACACUCAGCCUCUCUGUAGUUCUUCUUAUUUUAUGCCAAUUUAGAAACCUUAUUUGAAAACUUACUGAAAGUUUUUUGAAGAUUCUGAGUCUGUAUAUUAAAUUUCUAAGUUUUCCUGCCUCUCUAAAUCAAUAGUGAAUUCAUUUUGAAAAGUAAUUACUUGUCUGCCAUGGUUUACCUUACAAGUCCAUGUUGACACCUACUUUUUUAGCUCUGCUUCUCCAAAUGUAUUCUUAAGCUGUAUAUAAAUAUCAUCUCAAAGACUUCUUAGUUGUAGAACUUACACUUCAAGUGCAUGUAAUUGUCAUCUUCUCUUGGAGGGGCACUUCACAUAUGACAUUUUUCCUUCAGCAGGAAAAAACAUGUGCACAGUCAUGUAUGAGAGUGAAUGAGUUUCUGUUUGGAUGUAACUAUAUGGGUCUUUUAUUAUUAUCAAGCUUAGAAGCUAAUUCACAACAACCUUUGAUUUGACUACUUACUUGAGUUACUAUACUUUGCAUUAAAACAGGUUUAUCUUACUCAGAUGCCAGCUAUUAUUAUUAUUAUUAUUAUUAUUAUUAUUAUAUCUCACUUUUCCUCCAAGAAGCUCAAGGUAGCAUGCAUGGUUCUCCCCUCUCCAGUUUAUCCUCACGACAACCCUGUGAGGUAGGUUAGACUGAAAGAUGGCGGCAGGCUCAAGGUCACCCAGUGAGCUUCAUGCCUAUGUGCCAAUUUGAAUCCUGGUCUCCAAAGUUCAACACUCCAACCAAUUUGGUUGUUCCUCCCCAUUGUCCUCUUCAUUACAGUCUCUAGCGGCUGUUUCUACUUCCUUAAAGUGUGGGGCUUACAGUCCCUAUCCAACUAACCACAUGGACCAGCUGCCAGGUUAAAGACUGACACACACACACACACACACACACACACACACACUUAAAAAACCCCACUUUUUAAAUCUAAGAUAAAAACACUAUCGUCUGGCCUUUUACGUUCCCUACUACCAAACAACACCAUCCUUCCAUGAGAUUAGGUCACUGCAGCUGUGCUGCAAACUAAUACAGAGAACAGAUACCCAAAGACAGCAAGUUGAGCCAGAGAAUACAGGCCAUGUAGAAAACAUAUUUAAAAGGAUAUUCCUGUUUUUUAGAGAUUGUGAACAUAAUACGACUGCACAUAUAACUUUCUCUCUUAUUUGCAUGGUUGUGCCUCAUGCGGCCACUUAACACUCUUUCUUUCUCAGAAUAACAGAUGCUGGAAGGGAAACGGGAAUCUGCUUGUGAGCUUUCCAAAGCUUUCCUUUGAACCCUAAUUGUGCUCUGUAUAAGUUCUGUGAGUUCGGCAACAAGUGUCCCCAGUGUUAUUCAUAUGUCUCCUAAACAAGUGCUUUUUAGUAUUUUAUUUCUGCCUUUUUCCCUUUUGCUCUGAAUGUUUUAAGGGAUAUGUGAAUAUAUAUAUAUUUUUAAAAAAACAAAUUUGCUUUAUUCCAGCCCCGAUAAUAUGGGACUCCUUGACCCAUCCACUAGUGAUGGCAGAGUGAUUUUCUUCUUGCCAUGGCAAAAGAUGACUAUUGCUGGUACCACGGAUACUGCAACCGAAGUCACAAAUCACCCAAUUCCUACAGAAGAAGAUAUCAAUUUCAUUUUGACGGAAGUGCGCAACUAUCUUAGUUGCGAUGUUGAAGGUAAUUUUCGGUAAAAUUAGCUCCAAGAAUACUUCUGGGUCUAUAAACCGUGUUCUUUCCAUAAACUGCAAAAAGCCAUGCAGCACUUUUAAAUUCCGGCAAAUGGAUUAUGGCAAAAGCUUUUGUGGCUAUAGGUGCCUGAGAUGUUAUCUUGAGUUGCAGGUAUAUACUGUAUGCACACAGUUGCGGGAUGGAGGAACAGACUUUAAAUAAACAAGUUGGGUGGAAAUGAAAUGCUGGAAGUGUAGUUUGGUGAGUAUGUCCUACAGUGGUGAUAUCCAACUCAUGCAGUUAGAUGAACUCUGAGUGGCAGUGGAGCAUCACUGGAACAAUAAAUAAUACAAUCAAUAAAGUAGGUUAGGCUGAAAAAUAGGAUCACCUAUGGAGCUCCGUGACUGAAGCUGAUUGCUGCGUUCCUUUGGUGUUUUCAAACACAAUGCAAAGGGCAGGUGUGCCUCCCUAAAUCUGCAGUGAGCAAACGUUAAAGAUGCACACCUGCCCUUUGUACUGCAGCAGGCCUCAGUGUUGCUUAGCUGUUGUGUAAAAAGUAUGAAGCAGUUUUGUCUAAUGAUCUGAAUAUGGAUUUCUUACAUCUAAUUCUCCCCCUCCCCCCGACUAUGGCACCACAUCAUAUGAUAGUCACAUACCUGUUUUCACAUGCCUGGGAAAGUUAUUCAGAGAUAUGUGACUUUUGCUUGACGUACCUUUAGAGUAAUAGGGUGUGUAAGAAAGGUUAAGUCAAUUAUUCCAGCAUAAACUACUGUUCAUGGCCUGGCACAAUCACAAACAUAAAUUAGAAAUUUCUAAUUAGUAUUUUAAAUGAUAAAUCAGACACUGAUUAUAUUAUAUAAUAGUAUAAUGGAGUAUUUGCAUUUCAAUAUCACCCCAGAUGUGCAAGCUCACCAUAUAGUUAGGGGUGCGUUGAAAGCAACUGCUGGGGGGGUUUUGUAUAGCAACAUCAGCAAGAAGACAAAAAAUAAUCAUCAUCAUCAGAGCAGUACAUGUGAAAAGGAUCUAGGAGUCUUGGUUGACCACAAACGACAUGAGCCAACAGUGUGACGCGGCAGCUAAAAAAGCCAAUGCAAUUCUGGGCUGCAUCAAUAGGAGUAUAGCAUCUAGAUCAAGGGAAGUAAUAGUGCCACUGUAUUCUGCUCUGGUCAGACCUCACCUGGAGUACUGUGUCCAGUUCUGGGCACCACAGUUCAAGAAGGACACUGACAAACUGGAACGUGUCCAGAGGAGGGCAACCAAAAUGGUCAAAGACCUGGAAACGAUGCCUUAUGAGGAACGGCUAAGGGAGCUGGGCAUGUUUAGCCUGGAGAAGAGGAGGUUAAGGGGUGAUAUGAUAGCCAUGUUCAAAUAUAUAAAAGGAUGUCACAUAGAGGAGGGAGAAAGGUUGUUUUCUGCUGCUCCAGAGAAGCGGACACGGAGCAAUGGAUCCAAACUACAAAGAAAGAUCACCUAAGCAUAGGAAGAACUUCCUGACAGUAAGAGCUGUUCGACAGUGGAAUUUGCUGCCAAGGAGUGUGGUGGAGUCUCCUUCUUUGGAGGUCUUUAAGCAGAGGCUUGACAACCAUAUGUCAGGAGUGCUCUGAUGGUGUUUCCUGCUUGGCAGGGGGUUGGACUCGAUGGCGCUUGUGGUCUCUUCCAACUCUAUGAUUCUAUGAUUCUAUGAUUUAUUAUUUAUUGAAUUUAUAUACCGCCCUAUACCCAGAGGUCUCAUUAUAAAUAUUCAGGAUUUGGAAACCCAACAUAAAAAUAGGAGAUAUUCAGCAAUUUUAUCAAUGUGUGGAAUUCUAGUAAUUGUAUUUAUACCUUCAAAGAAGAGUAUUUAAUCCACAUUAAGUGGUAGGAUUUGUAAGAGGUGAGUGUAGCUGCUAGCUUUCAAUAGAUCCUUGGCAUUAGAGAUAAAGGAAGUCUCUACUUUAGCUGUGAUUCACUUUCACCCUGCAUAGCUUGAUUUUUUAAAAAAAUAAUUAAGAAAUCCGCCAGCAACAACUUUCUACUGUAUUCAGCUUCCUUAGAAUGAUCUAAAACUAGAUCAUCCCCGCCACCCAUCUCAACAAGGGGAACACCGGGAAGCUAAAAUGGCACACUGUUUGUUUAAUAUAGGUCAGAGGUAGCCAAUAUGGCGCCAUCCAGAUGUUUUGGAUACAAUCCCCAUUGUCCCUGACUAUUGACCCAGUCUGAUAGUUCACAACAUCUAAUGGGCGCCAUAUUGGCUAUCCCCCUGUUAUAGGACAUUGAAGAGUCUUCUGAUAAUCAGCCAACUGGAAUCUGAUUUGAGUAUUGAGAUACACAAGAAGCUUCAGAUUUCAUUACCAAGCCCCUGAAUCAUCUAGUCCUUUUAAAAUGAUUCUAUAAAAAGGCAUGAACUCUAAGUUGCCCUUUGUAGGUGUUGACAGAGGCUGAAUAUUCAUAUUCAGCAACCUCCUCUCCACAGACUGAAAAUUCUAGAUUGCUUGUUUGUUCUUCCUUGAAAUGGGUAAUUGAUAGUUCUGUUAUUGUUGUAGCCAUUAAAGAAAAAUGGUCUACCGGAGAAGGGGGGGGGGAACCCCUAUCAUUAGGUCCCUCGUGCAGAAAUUAAUAAAGAGCUGUGGUUUGUCAGGCAAGGUGGUUGGUUACACUAAGCUGCAGCUUGGAGAAUUGAUUAAGACAGGAUUUUUUGCAGGGCAGUUCUGCCGAAGUAGUUUUCUUGAGCGUUUAAUUCUUUUGAAAGUAACCAACCUGGGUUGCACACUGUUUUUCCACAUGUGUAAUUAGUCGUGUUUAUAGAUUGUCUGUUAGAGAAUUAACAAUUGUCCUGGCCGUAUCAACUCACUGCAGACCUGCCUUUUUGCUGCCAAAGACAGUGGCAGGGUUAUCAACUUACACAGGCUUGGAUGUGUUCCAGCUGUUUAAUUAUAGUGUCACACAUGCUGCUUUUUUCUAGUUUCAUUAAUUUAUAAAUGUAAUAUGGUAUCUUAUUUCUGUGAUUAGCACUUCAUUCUGGUGGGUUAAACAUGCUGGCAGAACAACAUUGAUUUCUCAGAUCUCUUCUCUGUUCUUUCGGGAUAUUUUUACAAGGCAUUAUUGAUUUUUCUGUUAACACUCCUGUGAAAGCAGUAUCUUAAAAUAUGUAACCCUCUCCCCCCACCAGACCCUGACACACAGGCCUUUGUGUAAGAUUGCUUUUAUCCAUCGUUAAGUAAGAGGAUGAAAUUAGUUUUACAGACUUUUGCUUUCAUUUAGGGGAGGUUAAUAUUAAAACAUCUGCUCUGUGAGUGAGAAGGGAGUCUUGAGGUAACAUUAUGGUCUUUAUUGUGGCCGGGUCCUUUUCGCUUUUUAAAGGGUCACUUGGGUGCUGUUGUUGGAUAAACAAGAUGCUGGUUUUUGCUUUGGAGGGUGUCAUGUUUAUCAUCCAAGCAGCGGUUGUGACAAUUGCACCAAAAUGUACACACGUCUAGCAUAGCACUGCUGAUUGUGUCUCUGAGGGCUAGUUUAGGCCUUUUUCAAAGUACAAAUUGAAACAUUAUGAGAAGCUGUAGAACUGUGGACCAAAGACUGUAAAAGUACUUUGAUAUUUAAAGUUUGUCCAAUAGAGCUUCAUGCAGCACAUAGUAUUAGUAUUAUUUAUUCAAUUUAUAUACAGUGGUGCCUCGCAAGACGAAAUUAAUCCGUUCCGCGAGUCUCUUCGUCUUGCGGUUUUUUCGUCUUGCGAAGCACGGCUAUUAGCGGCUUAGCGACUAUUAACAGCUUAGCGGCUAUUAACGGCUUAGCGGCUUAGCGGCUAUUAACGGCUUAGCGGUUUUAAGAAAAAGGAAACAAACUCGCAAGAACUGGCGAGACGUUUCGUCUUGCGAAGCAAGCCCAUAGGGAAAUUCGUCUUGCGGAACGACUCAAAAAACGCAAAACCCUUUCGUCUAGCGAGUUUUUCGUCUUGCGAGGCAUUCGUCUUGCGGGGCACCACUGUACAGUGGUACCUCGGGUUACAUACGCUUCAGGUUACAUGCGCUUCAGGUUACAGACUCCGCUGACCCAGAAAUAUUACCUCGGGUUAAGAACUUUGCUUCAGGAUGAGAACAGAAAUCGUGCAGCGGUGGCGCAGUGGCAGCAGGAGGCCCCAUUAGCUAAAGUGGUACCUCAGGUUAAGAACAGUUUCAGGUUAAGAACAGACCUCCAGAACGAAUUAAGUUCUUAACCCGAGGUACCACUGUAGUGCCCUUCAUCUGAAGUUCCCAGGCUGGUGUACAAUUUUGAAAACAUAAUUUACAUAGCAUAGUAAUUUUAAGAAAAAUCACAGAAAAAUAGUAAUAGCAGUCUCCCCACUUUUAAAAGGCCAUAGAUUAUUCAGUAGCUCACUCUGACAUGAGUCAUGACCACCAACUUAGAUGAAUGGAUAAAUUCAUGGAGGAGAAAGCUUAUCCAUGGCCAUGAUAGCUAUGCUUUGCUUCCACAGCUGGAGACAGCAAUGCUUCUGAAUGCCAGUUGCUGGAGACCACAGAAAGGGAGAGAGCUCUUGUGCUCGAGUCCUGCUUGUGUGUUUCCCACAGGCAUCUGGUUGGCCACUGUGAAAACAGGAUGUUGGGCUAGAUGGACCAAUGGCUGGAUCCAGCAGGAUCUUCUUAGGUUCUUGUGACUUCUCCAGGACUCUGUGUGUGCUUGAUUUUGAGGACAGGGCUCCUACAAGAUUUGCUAAUGUCCACAUGGAGAUAGCAACUAGCUGCCUUGGGUGUUGUUCAUGGAAAGGCGGAAUAUAAAUUUGACUAAUAAGUGCUAGUAACAGUUUUAUAGCCAAUAUGAGCGGAGGCAAGUGCAAUAUAACUGCUGAUCAGCAGACCGUCAUGAUUAGUUGCCUAAAAUAUUUUCUUCCUCUUUCAAGAUCAAACAGUGUUCCUUUUUUUCACAAUCAUGGUCUUUCAAUAUUGGGUUAAUUGCACAUACUUCAUUUUUUUUUCAUUGUAAAGCACAUAGAUUUUAUCCUGACUUUCUUCCAAGGAGAUUAGGGCAGUUUAAGAUUUCACACCCAUUUUAUCUGUACAACAGCCCUGUGGCAUAUGUUAAGCUUGAGACUGGGAAAGUGACCGACUCAAGGACACACAGUUUCAUGAUAGAGCAGGGAUUUGAGUUGUCUUAUGUCUAACACCCAUUUUUACUUUGCUCCCCUGGCUCUAGUGACAUUUCUGUUGUGCGUUCGUUGGGUUUGUUCAGACCUCCAAACCAUUGCAUCAGUAUCCUUCAGAUUAAGGGACAUGGGCCGAUGAAGGAAUAACACAUAGGAAGAAGCAAUAUGCAAAAGCAGCCUUCAUAAAAUUUGCCAAAAUUCUGCAUUUCUUCCUUCCCUUUUUGGAAGGGAAAGGCUCUUCUCAGUUAGGUGAACUCUGUACAUAUUUGUAUGUUGAAUGGGGCAGAGUUUUGUAUUAACUACAUAUAGUGUUGAAUGCUUACAGUGGCAAAGCUGUUCCCUCACCCCACUCACCUUGUAUAUUAUAUUGCCAUAGCAGUCAUUCUGUGAACUGGCCCUUGGAUGGUUGUGCUUUGAUAUGAUUUAUUAUUUUAUGAAAAGUCCUACAGCGUUUUACAGCCUUCCUCUCUGCUGUAAAAAGACCUUAUGUGGGGGGACAUUGGGCCAUAGUGUAGAAACUAUAUAUUGAAACUACCUCAAUUAUAUUGUCAAAAUAAAUGACACCUUCUGUGAUAUUAAGUAUGAGGCUCUACGGUUGUUCAUUAAAUCUGCGUUUCUCAGCUUCCAUUGGGAGAUUUCCCUUUUAAAUCUGGCAGAAGGAAAGACUGUGCGCUCACUCGCCUGACUGCCAUCCUAGGCUGGAAAACACUGAAGCAAAUCUGUUGAUGGGUUGUUAUGCCUUAGUCCUUCCUGAAGCAUAUUGAGAGUAAAAACAACAACAACAACAACAACAACAACAACAACAACAACAACAACAACAACACUUGCUGUGUGCUGCUUCAUUUUGUGUUUUUCGUUUUGGACCAGUGAUGUCAGGUUAUGUAGUCUUAUAGAACAUACUUCCUGUUCAGAAGAUUCCUGUCCCACCUUACAGUCUACUGUAGGCUUGCAAACCUGUUUUCAAUAGACGGGCUAAGAAAAAUACUUUUGUAAUUAGAGGCCCUAGCAGUGAAUGUUGAGUUAGAUUAAACGUUUUCCAGGAAAUAAAACAAAAGAAGGGAAGUGUGCUCUAAAAAGAGAAUAGAUGCAAUGGUAGUAAACUAUGGUGCACAUAAAAUACUUUCUGUUCUAGUGCCACCAGUGGUCACAAUCUAAUGAUCCUGUGGAGGUUAUAGCUGUAUUGAUAAACAGACAAAGAAUUUUUAUUUAUUCGUCUCUUUUUCCCCAGAGUGACUCAAAGCGACUUACAUUAAAACCAGUUAAAAAGAACCAAUAAAAAAACCUAAAAACACAUCCAUACAAAUAAAAGGCAUGGCUUACAGAGCCCAUCUCACUAAAACGAGGCCAUAAUGCCACCUUUCAAAUUAAGGUCCAAAAGCCUGGGUAAAGAGAAAAGUCUUUUCUAGGUACCUAAAAAUAGAUAAAGAUGGCACCAGGCAUGUAAUAUUUACACAAGAGGGGAGUCCCCAGUGAAAAGGCCCAGUCUUGUGUCUCUAGCCUCUGAACCUUCCAUGGAAGGGGGCACAUGAAUUAUCACAGAGUCUGGGGUGGUUCAUUUAAGGGAGAGGCGGUCUUUGAGGAUCUGGGUCCUGAACUGCAUAAUUGGUCAAAUGCUUGUUAGGAAGAUAGUGGAAUUAUAGGUAGUAAAUGUAGAAGCAGCCGGAGUGUUUAUUUUCAUUUUAUUUGUUACAUUAAUUCCCCUUUAAGAAACUGAUGAGUGGUAUUGUAGUCGCACUGGGUCAGUUGAUACAUAGCAUUUCCCCAUCCUCCAAAACAUGGUUUCAAGGGUUGGGAUCAUGCUGCAGGCUUGCAGACUUCCUCUGGCUAAAAAAAAAAAGUAUCAACACAUAAUUUUAACAAUGCAAUGAAGCUGUCUAAAGGAAAUGAUGUGCACAAUGCAAAAUUCAAGGAGAAAGUAGCUCAUUGCUGAGUUGGAUCGGGAAGGUAAGGUGUCAUGUUGCUUUCAAGAGAAGUAUCUGAUAAGACCCACUGAUGGAGGGGGGUCCUUGGCUCUAUUCUAUCUUGAUGACAAGAGGAUAAGUAAAGUGUUUUGGUGCUUGGCCACAGUGACAUUUUCCUGACCCUUUUAAGGUUGUCCAAAAGGAAGCAGCGUAACCUGAGUACUAAAAGAAAUAAUAAAUCCAAACAGAGGGCCGUAAGUGUGAAAACGGAUGAAUUUUAAAUUUCCUUGACCUCCUUCACCUAUGCAGAGCCACUCAGAAAAUCUGCCUUCCACAAAAUGCAUUCGGUGAAUGACUACAGUGUUCUUUCCCAAGGUUUGACCAGAUAAAAAUAUGGUGAAACUUUUGAAGCCACUCAGCACAGUCAUUUUGUGCGUGGCUGGCCAAGCUCGGUUUGUAUGAGGCGUGUGGCAAGUGGUUUAUCUGAAUAGUUCCAGGCAUAUUGUGUUUUUGCACUUGGCUACUUAAGCCACAGUACUAAAAACACAGUAACUUUGAGGUUUGCACAAGCAUAUAGAUUAUCUGUUCUUCAUUAGCAUAGUGCAAUUUGGAGUGAAAAAAUGAGCAAUUGGAAUACUUGGAGUAGGUGUGUUAACUGCUGUAUUUUUUGCUUGCUAUGUCAGAAAGCAAGUUAGAGGCAGGCUUGUUAUCAUUCUGCUCCUAAGAAGAUAAGCAAGUUGUGGUUCCAGAUAUUCACCCUCUAUCCAACGAUGUGAAUAGUGAUAAUACCAGCAACAUGGCUUACCAUGCUAUCCAAGUAUGGCCAUUGCAUAUAUGUUUCUGGGAGGACCAGAAUCUUAAAAAUGAUCAUGGAUGUUCUCAAUAUUCUAUUGAGCUUGAAGGUAAUAAAACACAUGUAUUGUGCUACAUGUUGUCGUGCCAAGAUCUAAAGUUAACUUUCUAAUGCCCUUUGGUGUGUGUCAAUAUAAAUUGCAUGUGUACUUAGCUGCUUGUCUACUGUAGCAUUGUAUGGCAGAAAACGCAUGCUUUUGAACAGCUGUGGGAACAGGUUUUUAUAAUGCCUAUGUGAUCAAAAGGUUUCAUGAUGUUAAGACCUUGGUGGUUGUUAAAUUUUGACAUCCAGGAAAUAGUUCUACGUGAUUUCCAUUGAUGCAAACUUUCAUUUUGGGUAAAUUAGACUAUGUUUUCUUGACACCCCCCUUUUCAAAAAUAAGUAUAUACUGCUUGAACAUUAGUCAUUAUUGAAUCAAAAGAUGCAGUUGUACCUCUUCUUUCUUUACCUUUCUGUCAUUAACAUUUGCAGAGCUGGCAAUAUUAUUUCUCCAAGAUUACAUUGAUGGCAUAUUUUUAAAAUUAUUGUUGUUGUUGUUAUUGUUAUUUUUAAAAUUGUUGUUCUGAUGGGAUUUCUUUUUUUCUUUUCAACCACAGUGAGGAGAGGCGAUGUCUUGGCAGCAUGGAGUGGGAUUCGUCCCCUAGUAACAGACCCUAAUUCUAAAGACACCCAAUCCAUAUCUCGGAAUCAUGUGGUGCAUGUUAGUGACAGCGGCCUUGUGACUAUAGCAGGUACCAGACCUUCACUUUCAACCUGAGAUGCUUGGGUGGGGGGAGGGGGAUGAAAUGGGUGAGGUGGCUGGGUUCUGCAUUUGAAAGAAGCAAUAAGUGGAAAGGCUAAGCCACCCUCUUCCAGCACAAUUCUUGUUUUGUUUCAAAUGGCACCCUCCCAUUACCUCUUGGUAACAGAAAACAUUUGUAGGCUAAGGUUUGUUAGCUCAGUUGUCUUAGCUUGAUGGAAGACCCCAUGAGUGCAUUUUUAGAGGGGAACAGGCACUGGCCUACAAGUGACUUAAAUAUAAAGGACUAUGCACACUGCACACUUCAAGUCAUUAGUAGCAGUAUCAGUUGUGCCCCUGGUGUAUCAGAGACCUACCCUCAUCUCUCCUUGCCAGCUACUGAUGUGAGCAACAAUCAGGUCUGGGUCAAGAGGUGCUUCAUAAAGCAAUAGGCAAUCAAAACAGCUGUGUGGCGUAUUCGCUGGUCCCAGGCACUCAGUUCUCCCCAUUAUAGAGCCUUUUCAACUCAGCGGUUGCACUAGCUGCAGCCAAUGCAAAGAUUCCGACUUAUGCAGUGGGGCUUUCCUUCUGCAUGCACCCAACACUCCCCUCCCCCCCAGAUCUGCUCAGGAAAACCCCCAGAACAUGGGGAGAGGAGAGGGGAGAUUGUUCUGUUGUGCAAGUGGAAAAGUUUGCACCGAUGGAAUGAUCUCCUUAGCACUAAGUUGAAUGCAACACCAAGCCAACAUGAAAGAGCCUUUGCUCUGACCUUAAUAAACUGACAGGCUUUUUUAGUCAUUGAAUUCUUUAUUAGUUAAUCGAUCAUUAACUUUAACGGUCUAGCACUUGGUACCGAUUGAAGUUAGUCAGAUGCGUAGACUGCAGUUCUCAGUUCUGAAACAAUGGGAUUUUUCGAGGGAGAAUAGUUUUAAGGGUUGUUUCAUGGGAUUUGUAUUGGAUUGUAGCCUGACUUUGUAAUUUAGAAACCCCAAACCACAAAUUGUUGAGGUAGAUAGGAAGGGGCGGAUGCAGGGUGCUUUCAGUAUCCUUUUACAUUAAUGUUUCCAGGUGGGAAAUGGACAACCUAUCGCUCGAUGGCAGAGGAUACAAUUGAUGCUGCAGUACGCGCUCACGGCCUGCGUGCGGGUCCCUGUAAGACAGUUGGUCUCUUCUUACAGGGUGGAGAGGGUUGGAGCCCGACUCUUUAUAUUCGACUGGUUCAAGAUUAUGGACUUGAGAGUGAGGUGAGGCUUGUGGUGUGAUUUCUUUUUAAAUCUUAAAACUUUGCCAUAAAGAAUACAACACCUUGGAUCCGGAGAACUGUGAGCAGAGGGGAACGUUAUUUUUAUUUCACAAUACUUGCAGCUUGAUUGUACUAAAACCUCAAAGCAGUUUAGAAAAAAGGAUCUUUCCUAGCCCUCUGUAGCUUCCUGCUGCCAGCCCCCAAUCUUUCUCGAGGGUUUCUCAAGGACCCAGUGUGGGCUGGGUUAACUGUGGAGGGGCUGUUGGAGGAAAUUACCCCAUAUCUGGUGGAAGCAUCUUCUGUGAGCAGAGAAGUGUGUGACUUCCAUCUCACUCGUCCUCUGGAUACCGAUGUUGGUAGGGACCAUUGCCGUGCCCUUCUAACUGAUCCAAGUGUUGCCACUACAACCAGCCUACGAAUGUUCAGAGGGGCCACACAGGAAGCAAAGAAGGAUGGAAGAGACUGGAAUGAAGGCCGGGACUGAUGGAGAAGAGGAGGAGAGGGUGCAGCGGGAGAAGCUAGAAUGAGGCAAAAGGUUGGGAAUUGUUGGGCUAGGGGUAGUGGAAGAAAGGGAAAGGGGCUUCUCUCGCUCAAAAUGCCUCUUAUUUUGGCCCUUACCUAAUUCAAAGUUCUAUGUUUAGAUUAAGGAUUUUUUUAAAAAGCAUAUGCAUCACAUGAUUAAAAGCCAACUAUAAAUGUUGUUUAACUGGGCUAAAUUGAGCCCUAACCCAUUAUUAUUAAUACUAUCAUGUCUGUUGUUGUUAUUAUUCUAUGCUCUGUAAACCCAAUUUACACAAUCCCAAUUUUGAUCAGUGUGCGCACGCACACGCAUCCUGUCUCCUAACUGUGACAGUCGAAGAAGCCUCUUGGCUUCUUGGUCCCAAGUGAAGUUAUUCUUCAAAUGUGACGACAGUAGCAGAAACCUUGAAGCGUCAUUAGUCACUGUUCCAUUGAUACAUGCAUAGCUGUGUUAGUGCUAGCCUAAGCGUUCCCAGCACGAGCUGUUUCCUCCCACCCAGCCCUCAUCGGAUGCCGCCUUUGGCCUAUUAGUUAACAGGCCACAGGAAAACUGUCAAGGGCAGCUCUGUCUAGAUGGAGCAGUAUUCUAGGAAGUGCCGACUGAUGAAACAGUUCUUUUUUUAACCCGCUCUUGAUCCUGUAGGUGGCUCAACAUCUCUCAAAUACAUUUGGGGACAAAGCCUUUGAAGUGGCAAAGUUGGCCCAGGUGACCGGGAAGAGGUGGCCUAUUGUUGGAAAUCGCCUGGUUUCCGAGUUUCCUUACAUUGAGUCUGAGGUAUGACAGUGAGACCCUUUGUUGUCAUAUUGCUUCUUUCCUUCUCCUCCCCACCCCGGUUGUGUUUAAAUGCUCUGCUCUCUUGAAGAUGCCGUAGCUUAGCUUAUUCUGCCUACUGCCUGGUGACAUCAACUAACAGAGGUAGUGCUAUACACAGCUUUCCCCUGCUAUACACAAGUUUCCCCUGCCUCAUCCUAUCCUCCCCACACUCCCCCAGUUUAAAUCUUGGCUCUGCCAUUAGGUAAGCCAAUAUCUCUCAGUCUCCAUCUGCGACACUAGCGUGAUAAAUGCUGAUCUACCUUACAGUGAGAUGGAAGUCAUUCUUAUAGGAAAAGUGCUUUUAACAUUCUAAGGUGUUAUAAAUGCUUGCUGUUAUCCAGGUAACUCAAAUUGUCCUUCCCAUUCCCCAUGGGGGGAAAACAGAACAGGGCUGCUGGUAGGAACUGAAGAGGGUGGUAUGCUUAGGGAGAAGCAAACAGCAGGUGGAAUUCUGUGUACGCAUAUGAGCUAGAAAGGAUGUAAAGCAGGACAGGUUUUACACUGCAGUGAGAUAAGCAUGCGUUACCUGCUCGUGUGUCUGCACAUCAAGCUGCUGUCAAAGGCACGGCUGCAGUGGCCAGUCAAAACGCUGGCAAUCAUAUAAGGAUCCUGGGAAUAUUAGGAGGAACAGGCUCAGGGCAUGUAGCAGUGUGCAAAGAGUACCUUGUAAAGUGCUGAUGUGGAAGAUCUACUAAGGUUAGGAAGGAAUUGGAUUGCAGUUCUCUAAAGAAUAUUUAUACCUAUGGAUGAAUCUCUCCUUCCCUGCCCAAGAGAACGUGAAGUAUAACCUCUGAAUUUCUGGGUGAAAUGUGUUUUGAUCAAAUGCAAUACCAAAUGCACCUCUUUUGAAUCUGAGAAAACAAAAGGACAGAGGACCAUUGUAGUGUAACAAAAGUUCAUCUCAGUAGCCUAGAAUGUAUGCUUUCGAAUCAGGGUGAUGGUGGGUAACUCCAUCUUGAAUCACAGUCUGUAUACAUUACAUUACAUUACAUUACAUUACAUUACCCUCUUUCCCUUUUCUUUUUAGUAUUGUAAUCUCUCUGUCCAGAGCCAGGCUAUCGAACUGAAACAGAUCUUUGAGCGCUCUCUCUCUCUCUCUCUGCGUGUCUCAAAUAUUGUAGAUUGAGUAUGCAAUCCAAGAGUAUGCCUGCACUGCGGUGGAUGUGAUUGCUCGCCGCACACGCCUGGCCUUCCUGAACGUGCAGGCUGCGGACGAAGCCUUGCCAAGGAUAAUUGAGAUAAUGGGGAAGAAGCUCAAAUGGAGCGAACAGAAGAAAAAGGUACAAGGGCGGGCCUCUAGGUUCGCAGCAAAAGGAUUGCAAGAUCCUUCCCCAAGAAACUCCUGGGCAUCGGCAAAUGAGCCAUAGUUGCUUCAGAUGUUGUUUUUGUCAGGGUUGUCAGAGUUGUGGGCCUGCGGAGGUUCAAAUCCCCACUAAGCCAAGAUGCCUGCUGGGUGACUUCACGCCUGUCGCUUUCCCUCAGCCAGCCCCUCCUUGCGGGGUUGUUGUGAGAUAAAUGGUGGAACAGACAUGUGUACAGUGGUACCUCGGGUUACGUACGCUUCAGGUUACAGACUCUGCUAACCCAUAAAUAUUACCUCGGGUUAAGAACUUUGCAUCAGGAUGAGAACAGAAAUGGCGCGGUAGCGGCAGCAGGAGGCCCCAUUAGCUAAAGUGGUGCUUCAGGUUAAGAACAGUUUCAGGUUAAGUACGGACCUCUGGAACGAAUUAAGUAUUUAACCCGAAGCACCACUGUUGUUGUUGUUGUUUAGUCGUUUAGUCGUGUCCGACUCUUCGUGACCCCAUGGACCAGAGCACGCCAGGCACUCCUGUCUUCCACUGCCUCCCGCAGCUUGGUCAAACUCAUGUUCGUAGCUUCGAGAACACUAUCCAACCAUCUCGUCCUCUGUCGUCCCCUUCUCCUUGUGCCCUCCAUCUUUCCCAACAUCAGGGUCUUUUCCAGGGAGUCUUCUCUUCUCAUGAGGUGGCCAAAGUAUUGGAGCCUCAGCUUCAGGAUCUGUCCUUCCAGUGAGCACGCAGGGCUGAUUUCCUUAAGAAUGGAUACAUUUGAUCUUCUUGCAGUCUAUGGGACUCUCAAGAGUCUCCUCCAGCACCGUAAUUCAAAAGCAUCAAUUCUUCAGCGAUCAGCCUUCUUUAUGGUCCAGCUCUCACUUCCAUACAUCACUACUGAGAAAACCAUGGCUUUAACUAUACGGACCUUUGUUGGCAAGGUGAUGUCUCUGCUUUUUAAGACGCUGUCUAGGUUUGCCAUCACCUUUCUCCCAAGGAGCAGGCGUCUUUUACUUUAACUCCUUGGAGGGGUGUGUGUAUGUGUGCACGCGCAUACACAUAUGCACAGACACGCAUGGGCACACACACCCUAUUCUGGUUGGGCCCAAACCACAUGCUAUGUUUACUCAAGCGAUGCUGCUAAAAUAGCCUCCCUUUGGGGACUGAUCACCCUCCCUGCUGUAACAUUUGGAGGUGCUCACCUUCUUCCCAGAGUUUCCUUUCCCCCAAAAGCCAUGGUGAAGAGAGAAGAGAUAAACAACAUGACCCAGUCCACAUGGUGAGUACUGCAACUCUUGCCGUAACAACUUAGACCUGUUACUGAGGGCAGGUCGAUUCCUGCCACCAUGGCCUUCCUGUGGUGCAUGUAGUUUGCACUGGAAAAAAGAAUGUCUUUCAUAAACGUGCUUCCCCCCUCCCUGCCGCCCCCAGAAGCUGUACUUCAUGUGAUCAAGGAGUUCCAGUAUCUUGUUUUCAGGCCUUUUGAAGCUAACUUACUUGCUAUGGAAAACAAUAUUUUGUCAAAGCAGGAUAGCUGGUUUCAUCUGUAAGUCCCUACUUCCUCAAAGGAGCAGAGCCUGGAAAACACUGAACGUGGUCAGGCACAUUGAAUACAGGAGCAGAACAGCAAAGGAAGAGGGGAUUUGAAGAUUCCCAACUAGGGGCUGCCUCGCUGUCCUGCUGCCUGAAGAGAGUAAUCACAGCAAAUGCCAGAAGCCCUCAAAAAUUGGAUGCAUUAAAGCCUGUGUCUCGCCAUUUAGUGUAUUUAUUGUAGCUAUAAGAUACCAGCAUUAAAUUUAAAGGCCAUCUCUUGUCCCUUUCUGUCUGCAAGCACAAGUCUUGCUGACAUCGCUGCUAGUUGCAUGUGUGGAUUGAGGGCACGUUAGAGCCUUUAAAAUCUUUACAUUGCACGUCUCCCGGAGUAAUUAUCGCUUGAUAAUCAACACUUGUACAACCAAACCAGUGAUCUAGCUGAAGCAUGAAAUGCUGCCUAAUCUUAAUUACCUUGUUCACCUUUAAGCACUUUUUGGUCAUCAACUGCUGAUAUUCCUCUAAGGACCAGCAAUUAUAAUUAAGUGAAAGGAGCCAGUAAAACAUUACAGCAAAGAAGGAAUUCGGAAUGUAAAUAUUUGCUGUUACCCUAGAGUUGAGACACUGUGUGCUGCUCUCUCUCUGUAUAGGAGCAGCUUGCAGAGGCGAAGAAGUUUUUGUACUACGAAAUGGGCUACAAGGCACGAUCAGAGCAACUGACGGAUCGCAGCGAAAUCACUUUGUCCCCAGGAGAUAUUGAGAGGUAAAUACAUUGUGCAAGGUAGUAGUUGCUGUUCUCUGGGGUCUAGACAGAACUGCAGUGGGUAGGUGGCAAGUGUUAAGAACCAAACCCCCAGCUGCGCAAGCUGGGCUGAGAUGGCAGAUCCUUUUAUUUAAUUUUGCUGCCAUUGUACAUGAUCUUUCUUUGUGUUUAUUUGCCACGUUUGAGGCUGGCUUGAAGGGUGUAUGGGGUGUUGGGGGACGGGUAGGACCUCUGGUGGGGGAUACAGUGGUGCCCCGCAAGACGAAUGCCUCGCAAGACGGAAAAACCGCUAGACGAAAGGGUUUUCCGUUUUGAAGUUGCUUCGCAGGACGAAUUCCCCUAUGGGCUUGCUUCGCAAGACGAAAAUACCUUAUGAGUCUUGAGGUUUUUUUCGCUUUUCCCCUUUAUCUAAUCUGCUAAGCCUUUAAUAGCCUUUUAAUAGCCUUUUAGCAGCUAAUCCCUAAGCCUUUAAGCCUUUAAUAGCCGCUAAACCGCUAAUAGCGCUAAUCCGUCAAUGGGCUUGCUUCGCAAGACGAAAAAACCGCUAGACGAAGACUCUCGCGGAACGGAUUAAUUUCGUCUUGCGAGGCACCACUGUACAUUGUGCUCCUUCUGGGGUACUUUGUCCACCUUUGGUCCCUACCCUGCACUCAGCUCUCACCUGUGGCUCCUAGAAGCUGUAAGCGUGUGCCAGUGCCCACACUCUUGGAAAUGGCUUUGACUGGCCUUUCCUUCUCCAUGCGAAAACGGACUCCGGCAGAUUAAGUGGAUGAGACCAAUAGUGGGUCCAACGGUCAAGAAGGCAGUUUCUGCAUGAGCUGUAGAGGGAAAUGGUGGGCAGAUGGGGCUUGGCAACCUGGGAAGGUUUCCCAUCUAGGAGAAGGAAAACUGAUCCUAAACCACCACUGCUUAGUGGGAUAUCUUUGGGAGAAGGAAGAUUAAAGAGCCCUACAGAAAUCAGGAGUGGAGUCCCUAGGAUGGUUGGAUGGCAUCAUAUGCACCUCCUUCUGGCAACUCCUGGAUCACAUCAGCGAGGCUGAGAGGGAGGUCUUGUCAUCUGGGCAGCCCAGGACCUCCAUAUACACUGCCUAGACUUGCGCCUAGGGGAGGUCACUUCAGCUUGAUCUCACCCCCAGAGUACUCCGUUAUCUCUCGAGACAGACAGAUGCCAUUAGGUUGCCUUGACUGACUGUUUGACAUUCCCUGAUUGGCUAAGAGCAUCGGGCAUAAUUAUAUCUCUGUCUUGGCUCAACACCUGUUGGGUCUGUGUAUGACACUGCCUUGUGUAUUCAGAUGAUUAAUCCAUCUGGUCCAUUAACACUCUCUCUCUACGCUGCCUUGUAGUGGCUCUCCCGCGCUUUUAGGCCAGGGAUGAGGAACCUCUAUGGCCCUCCAGAUAUUGUUGGGUUCCCACUUCCCACCAGCCCCAGCCAGCAGUCACAGAUGAUAGGACUUGUAGUCUAUUGACAUCUGGCGAGCCACAUAUGUUUCUGAUCCCUGCUUUAGGCAGACAUUUUCCCCACUUCUGCUACCAGGUUUAUUCAACUGGAGAUGCCAGGGACCAAAUCUGUGUGUUUGUGUGCAAAAGUAUGUGCUCUGCUAUUGAGCUGCACCUCCUUCCCCAAGCUGACUGAAUCCUGGCAGUACUUGGUAUGGUAGAAGGUGGUAUGUUAUGGCAUUAAAAUGAGGAAAGAUGAAUAGUGUUGGUGACAAUAACCGUGGCACUGUCUGAUGGUGGAGAUUUUGCAAGGAAGGAGGAGAACAUCCCAUAGAUUUAGGUUGGGCUUCUUUAUAAAACUGCUUUUGCUGUUUGGCAUUAUAUAGCUGUUUCCUGAAUUAUCCAAUUUUGCAGAUAUAAAAAGAGAUUCCACAUGUUUGAUAAAGAUGGCAAAGGCUUUAUUACCAUAGUGGAUGUGCAGCGUGUGUUGGAGGUAACAUUUUACUUACCUUAAAAAAUACUAUCAAAAUUGCCCGAUGUGCUAUUAAUAGUGUUUUGUUAAUCCAGGAUUGUGGGUUUUUUUUCUUUCAUAAACUUUUAUAGAGCAUCAACCUUCAAAUUAAUGAAAGAGCACUCCACGAGAUUUUGAAUGAAGUAGAUCUGAACAAGAAUGGGCAGGUUGAACUCAAUGAGUUUUUGCAGGUAAGUUGGUUCCUUUUAAAUAUGUGUGAUUGUUAUUAUGCAUAUAUUUUAUAUGCAAAGUAUAGCAUGACAAGAAGGGGUGGGCAGGCAGCCCAAGCAAGCUAGAGGGAGGGGGUAGCCAAAACAGGCUGUAGCGGCCCCUCAGCUCUGCUGGCUUCUUUGUCUGCCAUCCUUGUGGGCCCUGCCCCUGAGAUCCAGCUCCCCAGGCCACUUGACACCACCACAGUGGCAUCUUGGAAUUCAAACGGAAUCCCUUCCAGAAGUCCGUUCGGCUUCCAAAACGUUUGGAAACCAAGGUGUGGCUUCCGAUUGGCUGCAGGAAGCUCCUGCAGCCAAUCAGAAGCUGCGGAAGCCCCAUUGGACAUUCAGGUUCCAAAGAACAUUCACAAACUGGAACACUCACUUCCGGGGUUGUGGCAUUCGGGAGCCAAAACGGAAAGUACCAAGGCGUUCGGGAUCCAAGGUACGACUGUACUAGCUGCUCUCAUCCUCUGAGGCUGGCCUUGUAAUCCACUGCUGCCACUGCUUGAUUACCAUGGAGAGUGACAGCGAAGCAGUGCAGGGAGGUGGAAGACACUCAGAAUGCAAUUUUAGCCUAUGAUCUGGCUGUCACAUAGUGCAGGCAAGUAGGCCUUGAAAUCAAGGUCUCUGAAAAUCGUUUAAUAUUUACCUUUUCAUCUUAGAUUUUUGUCAGCAAAUUGGUAAUGGGAAUGCUGUUCCUCGGUUGGGCAAAACAUUAAAUCCUUUGUUUCAAACUUAGUUGUGUUGACUCCUUAGGUUUCUUCCUACUCACCCCUGCAGUUUCUCCCUUUUAAAAAAUUGAUCUCCAGCCUACGUUCCCACUUAACCAAUUCUAGUAGACUUGGCUUAAAUUUAAGCAGGCAAAUUUUCAUGCUCAGAGUUUGUCCUUUCCAUGCUGAUAACACUGACUUGUAUGGAGACUGAUUAAAUAUUGAUUUAAUAUUUCUCCUGAUUAUUUAAAUUAAUGAAUUUACAGGAUGUUUAUUUAUUUUGCGCAUGGGCAACAUGUUAGAUGCCACUUAGUCUAGUGGUGAAUCAGCACAGUGUUGUUCACAUUGUCCAACAUAAGGGCCAGCGGCCCAGGACAUGAUUCCUUCUUAGUGGUCCAAUGCUGAAUAUAAAUUCAGGAUUUUUUUGCUCUUUUCAGAGGCUAGCUGUAUCUGUGAUUUUGUAAACCAUUUAAAUGCAGGUUGGAAGGAUGUUUGCUACAUAGUAGCCAAUGGUUGGACAGACGGAUUUUCCUUUUUAAAGUUUUAUAGUUCCAGCUAUAUGAUAGGGAUGGAAUAUCUUGCAUAAUCUCUUCCCAUCUCAUUAUUACACCUAUUUAAAAACUGAAAUUCAAAAAGAGGGGAGAAGCAAAACAAUAUACCUUCCUAUGAUAAAAAUACUAAAUUUUCUGCUAUUGGGCUGUAAUUAAUUCAACAUCUGCUUGACACAUGGAUUACUCCAGGAUCACAUACAUGCCACAUUCAGUUUCCAAGCACACCUGCAUUGUUAAAAUUUGUGCAUUCUAUCUUUCAAUUCUCUCCCCCCCCCAUGUAUUUCUUUUAAGGGGGGCACCCAGCGAGGUAUGAGAGGCAGCUUGAGAUGGGGUGGGGGUAGGGUAUUGCUCCAGACAACAGCAAGUAAAUCACUGCGAUCUCUCAACCAGCGUUGAUCUUGCUGCAUGUUUCUUUGCUUGAUGAAUCCUUUAGCACACGGUAUAGCCUUUCCCUUAGCCAGAUCCGCCCUUGGGGUUUGAUGUGUGAAGGGAGAAGCUUGCGUGCGUGGCACCCUCCUUACUUCGCACGGGCAAUUCCCUCCCCUGUUGUAGUUAGGAGUAUCCAUAGCUUGCCUGCAAGCAGAAUUGGAACCCCAGUUUUUGAAGUCUCUUCUCAACCUUGCUAGCAAGCAUAGCUAGCGGUAACCGGAGUUUUACUGAGUUCUAGACGUCAUUGCCACGAAUCAGGAAGUGGAGGAGAGUAUCAGCACACAGGAGGCGGAGGAGAAAUUGGCUAACACGAGCCUCAAGUUGUGUGUUUGCCUUGAUGUUUGAACUCUGCCACUUGCAUAUCAAUUGGCCUGUGAAUUGCUCCCUUAUCCUAUAAAACCAGAGGGGAGAAAAUUGGUCUGUGGUUUUGUGGGUGCAGAAGGUGGAACAUAGGAACACACGUGUCUUUAAUUCCAAUGCUGCAAAAUACACAAGCUCUAAAGAGGCUUCUGAAAUGCGUCUAGGCAUCCAUUUGACUCCUUUCAUACAAGCAGCGGCUUAUUUGCUUUCCAUUGCCAGCCAGGUUUGUUUUUGUAGAGCCUUCCUUGGUUAGGUUUUUCAAAUGACUGCCAGGUCCUUCCUGCGCAGUGGCAAUGAUGAAUGCAGAACAUGAGAUAAAUUAAUGCUGGGGAUUUUGGUCAAUGUCAGCCCUUUCUUCACUGUGUCAAGUUAAACAAACAAGAUCAAGGCAAAGGAAAAUGGUAAUUGUCUCUCUCAAGAUGGGUUGCAGAUAAGAGCACUGUUGAAUCUAAAUGUGGAAAUUUUCACAGGUUGAGUCUAGCGUAUUAUAUAUAUAUUUUUGUGUUUAUAUGUAUAUUCUCCCCCCUUCCACACUUAGUAGACUAAGUUAUGCGAGUACAUUUAUUUAUACAGAGGUUUAAAAUAGAAAAUUUGCCUGUAAUGUAAAUCACGUUAAGGCGUUUUUUAAAAAAAAUAAAUCUACUCCCCACUCCCAGCUAACAUUGCAGUUUCCCCUUUCUCAUUUAUUCUAAGGCUCCAAAAUUAACAGGAUUUAAUUUUAGAUUUUGAAAGUCUUAUUAUGUAUUGGUAGCACUUUGAUUUCAUGAUUGCAUUUGUUUAAAAUUUGGCUUGUUUUGUCAGUGCCAUCAUGUUAAGAUGAAAUAGUUUAUCCUGCCGUAUGUUAUUUGUGAUUUUUUUUUUAAGGGACCAGCUUUAUUGUGCUUUGCACACUUCAGAUAUUUACGGGUGCGUACUUAAAACCAUUUAACACAGAUUUGCAUUUUUCAUUUAAAUUUCCAGCCUAUCUUAUCCCAAGUACUUGGGCCAGGCAAUAAUACCAAACAAGCCAAUAAAACUAAUAAAGCCUAUUUAAAAUAUAAAAUGCAAUCUUGUUCUAUACCAGUUUCUCUCCUGCCAUCCAGAGCCUGUAAAAAACAAGAUCUGGUUGCAUUUUUGGAAAAUAUUCAUAAUUCAGGACUAUACCAGUUUAGAAUACAGAGUAGGGGAUCUCUUGUUUGACAUUGCCUCUAUGUCAGGCAGAAGGCUUUUUGUCUAGCCACCUCCCUGGUGUGCUAUAUUUGUAGGUAAGGGGUGCUUUUCAUACACAAACACUUUGGGACAGGUGAUUUCACACUGCAUGUAUUCCUCAGUUGGCAUUGACCCACGUGGAUAUAAUGUAUUGUCAUCACAAGCAGGCGGGUAAAAAGGAGAACUUCUGCUCCUCAGAAGGAGUAGGUCUUUUCAUUUAUUAGACACACAUGAUGAUUCUUUGAAUAAAUAGGAUGAUGAGUGGCCUACUUCUGUUUUCUUCUUCGAUACCUGUUUCCUAGAUUUUUAAAUCUCCAGGGCAGGGACAUAUCCUUCUGUUCUUUGAAAGUACCAUGCUCAUGGGUGAUGUUACUGUUAUCCAUUUGUGUUAGUCUAGUCUUUCAGAUGCUUCAACCUGCUUAAACACCAAGGCUUUUCUCAAGUAGCCAGAAGAGCUCCAAUGAAUACUUGACUGCGCUUGCUUAGGCAGUCCAAUGAGUUAACAUAAAAGUCAGAAAUAUUCAUAUCUAUAUAUACCUAUAUCUAUAUGUAGAUAUAUAUAUAUAUAGCUGUAUAUAGAUAUCUGUGUGCACAUACACACAUAUACAUACAGAGAGAAAGAGAUGAAUAUCCUGGAGGAAUUUCUGAUUGCUCAGAAAAAGGAAAAUUGGCCAAAUAAUGCCUUGCACAUUGUUCAUUCAUCUCUGCUUUGGCCCUAAAGGAAAAAAAGUCAGAGAAGUAAAACGAGAGUGUGGCUUGUAGCAUUUGCUGUCAGGUUGAUAAUUGUGCGAUGCAAGCCCAGCAUACCAAAUAGGGCUGGAAGAGCACUUUUCCAAUUGUUCUGUUGGCUUUCUCAUUGGAGUAGCAACAACAUGGAAUCAGAAUACUAUUAAGAGAGCAUGCCCACCAGUGGUAAUAUUGAAGAUGCUGUGCUCAUCUUCUGAGGUGUGGAGGGUGGUGACACAAGAGCGAUGCUUCUCAGUGGUCUUCCACUCUGGAUUUUGAGAGUGAAGCCUGGCUCUACUUCACCACAGAGUUUUGUAAUGUGUUAACGUUUGCUCGUGUGUUAAGACAUUAUAAUACACACACACACACACACACACACACACACACACAUAUAUUUCUAAAUGAAUGAGUCUUCUCAAUCCUGGUGUUUGUUUGUGUUUUAGCUCAUGACUGCUAUCCAGAAAGGAUUUGUCUCUGGAAGCCGUCUAGCUGUACUUAUGAAAGCUGCAGAAGAGAACAUCCACCAGCGCGAUAGGAUUUCAGUAGAUCGGAGUGGUGGCGGUCUGUGAGUUUUGGGAACCCUCGGCUGCAAAAUGGUGGAUCUCCUGUUGCUGCUGAAAAACAUUCCAGUGCUUUCAGAUGUGUCCCGCUUCCUCUGCUUGAUCUGUCUGGCAUUGAGCAACCGUACGGAAAAAACACUGUUGCAGUCUGCUUACUUAACAGUCUACUGUUGCAGUCCUUAAAGUUCUACUACCAUUUUGACUUUUGGCGUCCUUAACUGGGUAUAUGUUUCUGCUUUCUGCAGAAUCAGUGGUGGACAUGCAUUUGGAGUGAGGGAACUCUGCCCCCAGUGCCUUUUUCUGGGCAACUCCUGGGGGAUCUGCACUACACCUUGGCUGCCCUUGGGGCCCAUGGCAGGAGAUCCAGGUGCAGUUUCAUUCUGCCACCUGAACUGGAACAAGAAAAAAUCCUUUUCUACCUUAGUAAGGUGGCCCCUGGCUCUCUUCUCCUAUCUUGCUGCUUUGAUUUGGCAGAAGUGGAAGGUGCCAGCAUGCCUUUAGUGUCUUAUACGUCGGCUUGUUUAUUAAACUUCUGGAUUGCUUUUUUCUUUUUCUUUUAGGAGAAGUGUGUUGUGCUAAAUAUUCAUCUUGUUGCCUAGAACUUUGGGGAUGAUUGUAUUAUUAUUAUUAUUAUUAUUAUUACUGGUAUUGCAAAGCUAUUAAAGCAUGCAUGUCGUUUUAAAAAAAUGGAGUGAUUUGUUGUUGGGGAGAAUAAGAGUUCUCACAUCUGGAUUUUCCAUUGAAUAUUGCACAAAAUAUAAAUGUAUGUCCUGAAAAUUGCCAUGGUAAUUGUGUCCGGGUUGUAGGACAUAUUGAGUUCAACAUAUUUAAGUCUCAUUGAAACUAGUGGGGCGUACUCAAUUAUGUCCUUCACCUGUGAUUUACAGGUGAAUUUCUGAAAUCACUUUAAGACAAGCAUAAGUUUAGAAGCACAACACAAGAUUAUUAUGAUCAUUAUUUAAAUGGUGCCUAUUAUGCCACCAUGGGAAAACGCAACAUUAUGGAUGGAAGUUUCAUCCCUGUUAUUUCUUCUAUAGCAAGUGGUAAAGUUUGUGGUGCAUAUACAGUAGUUGGGUUUCUUGUGAGGUUUCUAUCGUGUUUUUAAUGCCAGUAUCUCAAUUUAUUGUUCGUUUAUGGAGAAUACACAAAACAAAGCACAAGCCGAAACUAUUCUAGCAUCUCAGCAUGUUUUGCUAGAGAAACAUGGAGCUGGAUUUCAUUUAAUUAUUAUUAAGGUAGCCUGUUUGAUUUUGGGCACGCUUUUGAAGCAUGGGUUUUCAUUUAUCUUUUGCCUUCCAAUUAAGUGGGAUAAUGUCACUCAGGUCACUUGGAAGCUUUCUUUUUGCUGUCUGCAAAAUAAAGGAAUAGUAUGCAGCAAAGAGAAAAGUUGACAUCAGGUGGGCCUUUAUUUUGAUAUCUCUAAGGGCUUUUAACCUCAUGCCAGUUUUUUUUAUUUAAGGGAUACUCCUGUAAGAAUUGACAUGGGAAAGUUCUGCACUAUUUUAACGGCAUGUCGAGAUCGUUUUCAUCAUCAUUAUUACUCUUAUUAUCAUUAUUUAUUAUUGUUAGUUUCACCCCCUGAGUGAUGCAAAGAGGGCAUCCCAGGGAACAAAACGUAGGAAUUGGCCCUUAAUAGCAUGUAGAUGUAAGAAGGGUUUCUGUGCACAGGGCUUUUCAGUACUGGCAUAUACCGCAGGAUCCUUCUAAUGGACCAUAGAACUAUCUUAAUAUUCCUGCAAUGCCAUCCCCAAACCUCUCCCCUGGCAAAAACACUUUUUGAAGGUGUAGAGGGCGUUUACUGCUAGGAAUAGCUGCAAGUGUAUUAAAAGUAACCCAGCAACUAACUUUUAGAAGGAUCCAUUCACAUUUUUGCAUGUAUAUAUAUUUUUUUCAUUCUCAAGAUGAAGGCGAAGAGCCACAAUCUAGUAAAAGAUAUUUGAGGGCAAUGUUCUCAGAGGCCUGCUGUGAAAUUCCAUUCAGACAUUUCUUUUUGCUAUGAUCAAGGUCCCUCAGACUUACUGUUUUCUAUGUUGGCAGUAGCAGGAAGGAAAUGGAGAAGAAACAGAUUUGUCUUGCUUUUAGACCCUGAGCAUUUCAGAUAGACUUGAAACAUGUGACUAAAUCCUUUUGUAUAUUUGGACAUUUGAGACGUCUGUCUCUGAGCACAAAGGGUUAUUUUGUACUCUCGGCUGCUUCCCCUCCACAUCACCAACACACAUUGGGCUGGUUUUUUCAUAUCUGUUUUCAUCCCCUUAUAUAUGUGUAUGUGCAUCUAGUUUGGGGGACAUGAAAAAUCAGCACCAACCAUUAAUUGGAAACUUGCUUUCCCACAUAUUGCAGAAUGUGGGGAAAUGACUACCGUAUUUUUCCGUGUAUAAGACGCCCCCGUGUAUAAGACGCCCCUUAUUUUUUGGGAUUCAAAAUUAAGAAAAUGCACUAUACACUCUCCGUGUACAAGAUGACGCCUUAUUUUAAACUUCAGAAAUUUAGGAAAAAAUAUAGUCUUCUACAUGGAAAAAUACUGUAUUUCCUCUAUUUGCACCCCUAAAAGGGUGUGUGUGCCAAUAUUUGUAUAUAAUCAAAGUAGCAUUUUAAAAUUUCAUACCUUCAGACAAAAGAACAUCUGCUAUCAUGUUCUCUCUCUCUCUUUCUCUCACCAUUAGCUUAGCAGUAGGUCUUUUAGCACUGAAGAGCAAUGGGUAUCCAAGCCAUGUUACUUUAGACCUGUCAGAAUGAAAACCUCAGCACAAAGUGUUUUCAAAAUGCAUAUAAACCUUUAUAUGCACAUUAACAGAAGGCAACACAGGAUUGCCAGCAAUGUCUAGUUAUGCCAAUAACUUUAGCCCUAUCGGGGCAUCAUGAGCUCCUGUUUUCAACAACACAAGAGCAUGGAGCAGGCAGCACCAUGUAGAUUUGCAUCUGAUGUCAUGUGCUUCCCCCCAAGGUCUGUACAUACAGCACAACACUUGUGAAAACUUCCCCAGAACCUUGAUUAUGAUGGGGUGACCUUCAUGCGCACCACUAUGUUCAUGAAUGGCCCUUCCCUAGAGACAUCGGUGGGACUCCUUGGUGUGGUUCCAUUCCUUUCUCCCGUAGCUCUUUAGCCUAGGCAUUACUCUCCUCACCAUUUGCUACCAACACGUCCACACCAUGAGCAUGCACUUGUAGUGGAGGUUCUUUUCCUUUCUUCCGUAGUUUUAUAGUAUGCACGUCCCCCCAUUUUGGGUUGGAUCUCUCUGAAUGUCUUUCGCUUUGUGACGCGAGAGUCACAUGUGUGCCACUGCUUUGUACAGGAAGCGAAAAGUUAUGCGCAUCAUACUUGACUGAUUCAGUCAAAUGAUAGGUGGAGAAUUACUUGAUUGGCACGAUGUUCUGGAUUUUUGUUGUUGUAAGUUUGGAAGAUGGUCACAUGCGGGAAAUAGAAAGCACGUGCAGGGUUUUUACUUUUCCCAGAUAAUAAUUCUGUAUAAUGCCACAGUGUUCCAAAAAGAAAGCCAAAACAAUGAACAGCAAAGCAGCCCUGUGGUUUGGUGUGUGUGUGUGUAUGCACACGUACCUAUAUGCAUACAUAUAUACUUUGCCGCAUGUUUUUCCAUCUGGCACUUUUAUGUAUUGUGACGGGUUAUUGUUCAGGAUUGGACUGUUAAAUACUGUGUUUGAGGCUGGGUUGUCAUUUUUAUAACUGUCUCUGUGUUUUAUUGUCAUUAUUUAUUACUUUUGAUAUACAGAAUGAGCUGCAUGCAUUUAUAGAGCAAUAAGAGGAUGUAUUUAAUGUGCCUUGUUUUUAACUGAAUAAGAACUGAACACAUGAAUCAAUAAAACUGAUUAAAAUGGUCCACUCGCUGGCAUUUUGAUGUUACCGGCAGUUACGGAAAUAAAGUUGAUUAGUCUUG